AUGUGUGCAGACAACAGGAAUGGCGAGUGUCCAAUGCACGGUCCUCUUCACUCUUUGCGAAGACUUGUCGGCACCAGCAGCACGGCGGCCCCUGUCGCUCUGCCUGACGUCCCUGAUUGGCUGAGAGACCUGCCCAGAGAGGUGACACCUACUCUCAGUUUAUCCCCAUCAUUAAUUUGAAGCGUUUUCCAUUCUUAAGAUAGUUUAAUCUGUUUGUGUGCGUGAUGUUUUCAGGUGUGCCUGUGCACCAGUACAGUUCCUGGUCUUGGUUACGGGAUCUGUGCAGCUCAAAGGAUUCCUCAGGGGACCUGGAUCGGCCCGUUUCAGGGAGUUCCUCUGCUGCUGGAGAAACUGCAAACCGGAGCCAUCAGGAACACCCGACACCUGUGGGAGGUAAGAGGGGCUGGGGGGUGAGGAAUUGUGGGUACUGUAGUCUAAAAGUUAUUUGUAUAGAGUGAUGAACCUUGGAUAAAGUUAACCUGAACCCUCUUUGUGUAACGCUGUGAGUUAAUCUGGCAAUAUAGGUGUUUAACUCUGCAGUUGUCUUUCAGUCACAUUGCUGACAGCUUAAGCGGUUAAAGUGAGGGCCAGGAUAAACAAUGGAGCUUCUUUAAAAAUUAACUGUCAGAGUUGGUGUCCGAAAUUUGUGGACCCAAACUUUUUAAGGUACAAAAAAAAAAAAAUCCUUAUUUCCGUGUCUUAACUUUCAAACCUUGACUUUGACUCUAUGCUUCUUUUUGUUGUGGUUGUGUCAGUGCGUUGUGGUGCAGGAGGCAAAAUUUGUCAUUUAUUUUAUGGACAUUAAGUCAGCAGCAUCAGUCCUGCAGAAAACACGGUCUCUUCUGCAGAUCAGAGGCAAGGAGAUUUUUGCGAAAACCUUCAGUGCAACCAAGUAUUCACUUCUUAUCAUGCUGCACUUUCAGGUCUAAUAGUGGAUGUUUGGCCUUCAUAAAUUGAUUUGGGCCCAAGCUGACGAGAGCCCUAUUAAAAAAAAAGUUUUUCAUUUUAAAAGCUGUCUAGAUGGGCUCAAAACCUCAUGAAAUUUGGCAGGCGAUUCAGGCCCGGCUAAAAUUUGCAUAUUUUACUGGGCCCCUAUAUGGAUGAAGAAAAAUGUCUUGCUAGCGCACCAUACAGAUUAUCAUGCUGGGGGAGUUUCUUGUAGUACUUGCUGCGCACUGGUUCCAGCUCAACCAGAUUUUACACAUUUGAUAAUGGUCCGGCACCGGACAAUUUGACACCAAACUUUUGUCUGUUUGUUGUAGUGCCACUCGGUGGCAAAGGCAAACGUGUUUUUUCAGUUAAUGGCCUGUAACUCCUUCUUGUUUGAUGGAUGCAGCUCAGAUUUAUUCAGGACACACCUGACGCGGUACCAGAGUGGCAAAAAAAUCAGCACCAUGUUUUGUUUAACUGUGCCUAUGCGGUACUAUGAAAUGUCUCACAAAAAUAGAUAUGCACAGCCACAUGAAAAUGCACAGAUCAGGAGGGGCAUCCUCUUGAGGGAAUCAAUGUCAAAAUUGAGGUCCAACUAAAAAUGGCUCCAUAGCGCCCCCUACAAAAUUUCAAGCAAUGUGUUUGGGAGGGGGCAGUAGGACAUCACUCAGGCCUAUUGGUGCCCCACAGGGUGCUAGUUUUACUUGCUGUAGUCACAAAUACUCUAAGGCUGAGACAGAAACUCGGCUGGACUCAAGUCCCAAAACAAUCUCUAAAUGUCUCUGAUGUUUGGGCCGUUUUAUGGGUAUUUAGUGAGAUAGCUGUGUGUGUUUUGGCAGCAGCGUUUGCAGCACUGUGCAGAUCUGUGUGUGUGUUUGCAUGUGUGUUUGUGGUCAGCGUCAUGUCACCUCUCAGUCCAUUGAUCAGAGCAGAUUGUAUUUACAUACAGUGGCAGGGAAAAGUCAAUGUGGCAGUUAUAAACAGCUGCAUUAGCAUUAGAGCAAAAGGGGGUGGGGGGGUGAGGCAGGGAGUGAGGGAUGCUAGGAGACAGAGAGAUAGAUGAGUCCCUGGAGGCUGAGCUGGUAAAGGUCAGUCAGACGUCGGUUGACUGGACAUCAGUCUCUCUGCUGUUGACCGCAGCAGGACGUCAGAGGGGACAAGGGGGGAGGAGUGAGGUUUGGGAAGGGUCUGCAGAGGUUUAGGGGCCGGAGGUCAGGGGGUGUGUAGGACUUUGUAGACCAAGUCCAGCAGCAGGGUCAGGGUUUGUUUACUGGAACUGGACUCUCAAUUAAAAAGGGUGAAAAAUUAAGAUCAUAUUUUUGACUUUGCAACAGUUUUCUCUAACUCAUAUUCACACUUAUAGAAAGAUCUCCGUUGGUUUGUAAAACUGCUGAGAAAAGAAGCCGUGAAAUUAUGUGGUAUUAAAAAGCAAUAAAAUCCUUUUGUAUGGUGACCUUGACUUAAAUGGCAAAAAAGGCUUCAGGGAGGCAAUAAAUUAAUAUUUUAUCAGACUCAUUUUACUAUCUGGGGGGAAAAAAAACAGAUUUUUUUUUUUAUGAAACACAAAAAUGUCUCACUUGAAGACAAGAUAUAUUUUACAAAACAUGAAUAAAUUCUACAAACAUAAAAAUGUUUUUGGAAACAAAUGAAUUUCAAAAACAACAUUUACGAUUUAUUUGUGUUUCCAACUUAUUGUUUUUAAUUUUAUAUGUUUUCCUAAAUAUUAUGUCUUUUAUAGAUUCUUGUUUUUUUUUUUUUAUACUUUUUAAGUUUAUUUUUCAGGUACCUGAUUUUUGUACUUGCACUUAAAUGCCACACAUCACAUAACUGAGUCAGCAGCAAAUAGAAAACAACAAACUUCUGCACAGGAAAGACUGCAAAAAAGUGACUCUCAUACCAACAAGAGGAGAAGAUUUAAAGCUCAGCAUGGGUUUUAUAUGCAACUCAUGAGAUGUUGGGUUACAUGGUCUGGCAGCAGGGUCAGGGUUUGUUUACUGGAACUGGACUCUCAACCAAAAAGGGUAAAAAAAUCAAGAUCAUAUUUUUGAUUUUGCAAUAGUUUCCUGAAACUCAUAUUUACAAUUAUAGAAAGGACUUAUAGAAAGUUAGGAUCUCUGUUGGUUUGUAAAAACUGCUGAUAAAAGAAAGACAUGAAAUUAUGUGGUAUUAAGAAGCAAUAAAAUCCUUUCAUAUGGUGACCUGUGGUUUAAUGCCAUAAAUGUUUCAGGGAGGCAAUAAAUUAAUAUUUUAUCAGACCCCCCCACCUUAAAAAAUAAAAUAAAAUAAAAUAAAAUAAAAUAAAAUAUUACCCGGGGGAAAAUAAAACCUGAAAAAAAAAAAACAUGUAAUAAGCACAAAAAUGUGUGUGAUAUGAAACGCAUGAGAUGUUAGGUUACAUGGUGCAGCAUUAUCAUAACAGUGAAAGAAUUAUGCAGCCCCAGAGCUUUACAUGUCUGCAAACGCUUGUGAAUGUUUGUCUCUCUGUCACUACAGCAGGUUGGUAUAAAUAUGCUGAUUCUUAGUUCAUGAUCAAGUUAUCAGAAUCCAGUUUAAUUUACUUGUUAUUGUGUACAGAGCUUUGCACGGACAAGCCCUAUCUUAUAUCAGAGACCUGCUAAAGCCAUGGAAGUCCAGCAGGACUCUAAGAUCCUGUGGACACUGUGGAUACUUUCAAAAAGCAGUUAAAAACCCAUUUGUUUAGACUUGCCUUUGUAUGAACAGGACUUUGGCUGCGAGUAUGCUAUUUAUUAAUGUAUAUAUAUUGUCAUCUUAUCCUUUUUAAUUGAUGACUAUGAAGCUCUAUGUGACAACUGUUCUUGAAAGGUUCUAUAUAAACAGAAUUUAUUUUGAUUAUGAUUAUAAUUUACAAUUUCAUCAAUAAAUUUAUAACCUGAUAUUUGAUUGAAUAGACUGAACCUGCUUUAAGCCAUUUGGACUGAGCAGAGUCCAGCUGGGACCCUCUGUGAGGUCUAGAACCAGCCUUUGAGGCCCCUCUGCCCUUGAGAAAUGCCGCUCUGAUAACCCAGCUCUAACCAUCGGCAGGUUAUUGGCGGUUAAGCUGAAACUGGUCAUUAGGCCUAUUGAUGAAGAAGCUUUGCACACAGAUCCCAUUAAAACUCAGUGUUUGUUAAACUGGCUUAUUGACGCCAACAGAAACAGGAAGAGAUAUUUGUCCUAUAGCCAAUCAGGGAGCUUGUGUCAUGUUGUCUAUGGUGUCCAGGAAGGGCCAGUUUUAAUUAAGACACUUGCUGUUAUUCGUUGGGGUGGAACAGAGGAGGAUUUUUCAGGUGCUGCAGUAUUUUACUGCUCGACACAUUGAUCUCCUGCAAGGCAAAGCUCAGGGUUUCAGUUUAUGGAGGAAAAAUACUUAAGCUAAUGGAGCAGAAGAUCAAACUCUCCCUAUGCCUGGACUGUAGAGAUGUGGGACAUACGAAUGAACCCAGCACAAACUUUAUCUUAAUGUCCAGAUUUUAACCCAUAUGCAGUCUGUGGAGAGGGAGAGAGGAAAAAGUUCCUCGAAGCAUGUAUUUUGACAAAAUGCUGUCGGAUACAGUUUAGAGCAUAUUCAAAUAUUAUGUCAUAAAGUUCACUAGGUAAGGGACUGUAAAUAGUGAGAAAAUGGCUAUGCAGUUUAGAAUCCUAACAGGGUGAGAAGGACCUGUAUAAAACAGCAAAACAGUUCCUGCUAGCACAAGGUUCAAGCCUGGAUCCUCAAUAUGCAAGUUUGAUUCAGAUUGGAGGGUGCAUGGCUCAGAUAAAACAACUUUCAUUGGGGAGACCAGACUUUGAGAGCUUGACACGUCCAUGCACUUAGUCUCUAGUGCAGGAGCCGAUGGAUUUCUCAUCAGUCUGGUUUCUUCAAUCGGUAAACCUAGCGUGAAAUGGAUCAGACAUAUCUUGCAGGGGGGCAAAUGGUAGAAAGACUGCUGUAAAUGGUUAAAACUGCCAUUUUUGCUCAUUUUCAGGCUUUAGGUUGCCCCCCUGAAAUCCCUGUAGUUGCUCUGCAUGAUUACAAUGUUUCUCAAUUUAAUUAGACAAAUUUUGAAAUAAGGGCACGUUUUGGAGUCUGAAUCUGACCCUCGGUAGUUAGGAAAGGGAACAAAAAAAUCCCAACAAAGAACGGAGUAUGGCAUCUCUGUUUGUGGUAGUAGUGUUUAUUAUGCUCUUUGAAGAAGAUGCAACACAAACUGUCCUUUUUGCGCAGAGUAAAGUUGAAGUCGUACAUAAGACACAGUCUGUAGGUGGUAACUGUCAAAGGAGAGAUGGGAGAGUGAUAUUUGUGUCUCAUCUCCAGUCCUGUGCUAAAAUAAAGAACUUUUUUGAAAAAUUUAGAUGAAGAAAGUGAAAGGGAUGAUAUUUCCCUCUGAAAUGCAGCAUUAAAAGGCCCAAAGGUAGAAAACCUGCUGUCCAAUAGGGUACCAGAGCUUAAGUCUUGUAGGAAAACCUUCAAGUAAUUAUACCUGCCUUUAAGAGACUGUACUUGUUCAGGGGAAAGUGGGCAAUUUCUCUUUUUUGAACUUCCAGGCCAUCCUGAUUGAAAAGAAUGUGCAGAAAAAACAGGAGAUAUGACUCCUGAAGUCGCAGCUCUGACCUCGUUCUCCAGGGUUUUACAGGAGUUUUCUUUUUUGGUUCAGAUCACAGACUGUACGAGCUGUCAGCGCAGAGUCAGAGAAAACAGCCUCCAACAUCAUGACUUCAGAGGAGAGCAAAGAAAGGAAAACUUUAGCUGCACAGUUUGAGGCAAAAUAUUUGGUUACUGUGGGAUGCUGAUGAGACACAUGAGGAUUCUGAAAAUUCCAAAACGCCUGUUGGUAUGGCGGCUUUUCCGUCUUAAAUCUGCUUUCUUGGUCUGUUUCUUGUAACUGAAUUCACCGUUUUUUGCCUCGACUCGGCUGUCAGUCUGUCUGUUUGUCCAUCUGUCCGUCAUCGUUUUUCCCGCUGUAUUCCCUGCAGAAUUCCCAUUGACUUUGUGUUUUCAGCGGUCUGUGGUCACAGUGUCCAGUAAAAGCUCUGUAAUGUUUUCUUGACUGAUGUCAUUAUUUAAUGUUUGUGUUACUGUCUGACUUCUGGGUUUUAUUAAAGGCUCUGAUCGCCUUUGACAUCAUCACUGUGAUUACAUAAUCAUACAUGGUUUCAUGUCACAUUACAUGUUUUGGUUUCCUGUUGCUUGAAUUUAAGUGAGGCAUUUUUAUCUGUGGAAUUUUUGAAUAAAGCAAUGAUGAAAAUGCUGAUAUGAAGCAGGAAGGGGUUCAAGUUUAGCUAAAGAGUCUUGAGAGAUUGGGGUCAUGGGUACAGUGAUACAAGGAUCUAAAGUUUUACAAAAUAUUCAAGAGAAAACGAUGAAAUAAACCCAGUCAAGAUUAAAUGAGAGGAUUUUAACAUACUUUACUAUAAUCACUUUAUAUUAUAUUUAAAGGAUGGGGUUUUUAUUAAGUUAAGCUGUCUCUCAAAAGGUUCUUGUUUUACUGGCCAGCUUCAAGAGUGAGAAGGUCCCAGUCGGGGUUCAUGUAAAAGUGUUCAACCUUAUAGCAGAAUGAAAUAACCUCCUUAUUAAUGUUUGUAUUUUAUUUUGUUCAGCAGCUAAUAUCUAGGACCAAAAGUGAGGGCCUUAUAAGGUUAAAGUAAAAAAAUCCAAGCACAGAUUAAUACAUUCACAAGACUGAAGUCAUAAAAAGUGUGGUAAAAAAUCAUCACAGAAAAAACCCCAAAUGUGAGUGAACAAAGUUUAAACUAAAUGAAAAAAGGGAGGUACAUUAAGAAAAGUGAAAACCAUGCGUUUGUACGAUUAAAGUCAUAAAUUUGUAAGAUUAAGGUGAUAAAAAGUUAUACAGUUCAUGAUAAAAGGCAUAUUGAAAAAAGAAUAAGUUUAAGUUAAAUAAGACUAAGAAUAAAUUUACAGAAUUAGAGUUGAUUUUAAACAUAAUUAAAGUUGGUAAUUUACAAGAUAAAAAUCUGUGGUUUCCAAGUGAAAGGUUUGAUACUUUUAGGGUGAGAGUUGUUUAUCAGAGUAGGACUAGGAUUAAGAACAAUGAUAUACAUUUUGUAGAUAAAAAAGAAAACAAGAGUUGAAAGAUAAUCUGCAAUACAGACAACAUUGGUUGUGUUCGCAGUUGAAUACUCUGCAUGUUUGAUAUGACAUAAGAUGAGGUGUUAACUGUUUGGACUGUAGCCCAUCACAGCAUGCGAAGCCCCAACAGACUCAAGCAGAGGAAAGGAAACAAUCGACGGCUUGCUCACUGAGUAAAAACACUCUGAUCCAACACACUGCUGUGUUAUUAUGAGACUUUACACAUGUACACACAGACACACACUUUUUCAUGUCUUUCUAACAUGUAAAUCCUGAUGGAAAACCCCAGUCUUUGUUCUUGAACCCCUGUGGUUACCAUGCCUACUGGGUGAUGUCACACAAAGAGAAGAAAUCAACUGAGCUAACCCAACUCCCAAAGUGGGUUUAACCAAACAGUGCUGGGCUGUGUAGUGGUCUGUAGUGACCACAAUUUGACCUUUAAGUCAGGGGAACUCCUUUUAAUCUUGAGAAACAGAGCUGAGUCUUUCUAAUUUACCUUUCUCACAGGGCUGGUCCAGUCAUAGCUACAAACUGUGUAAGGUGACAUAAACUGAUAUGAUCAAAUCAUAGACUGUACAUUGAAUGGAUGCCGUAUGCCUCCUCAUUGGGUGAAGUCACCAUGAGAACAUCACCCUCUGGUGACGGACUGCAGCAUAGGUCAUCAAUCCCGCCUCCUCCAGCAAAGCUUAUGGAGCUGUGGACAAACUUUAAAAAUUAAUUUCACAGAAUAUAAAUUUUUAUAAAUCGCUAUUUGAGCCGAGUGUCAUCACAGUGACUCUCAGCGAUUCUUUCGCCGAAUGCGUACAGUGCUACUUCGCAAGUAGUGAAAUGCGUAGAACUUUAGUGUGCAAGUGGUGAUUCCAGGAAGUGGAGAAAAUCCCAGAAAUACCGAGAGCAAUUUGGCUUCAAAUUCAUAUAAUAACGGAAGGUGGAGCCAAGUUGUCUAUGGAUCAAACACAUGCAGUAUCUUCAGCAGAAUGCCUCAACUCACCAUGACUGUUAAAGUCCAAAUGUUUUAAAGGCGUGGAGACAGUUAUUCAUAAAAUGCUUAAGUUCUCUGGGAGAAGGUAAGAUACAGGGGUACAGAAAAGUACCUCAUAUUCCCUAAAGGUUGGUCAUCCAUAUGGUCCUGUCCUGUUUGGGUAAGCAAAGUAUCUAGAGUAGUGAUGAAUUAGAUAUUUAUGUGCUGGAACAUAAGUCCUGUAUGUUGAUCUUGUAAGAAAAUGUACACUGGUACCUAUUAGUAUCUGAUGUAUCCCACAGGUUGGUAGUACAUCAGCGCUGUGGGUGUAUGUGCAUCAGUCAUUGUGGUAAAUUGAUGGUGCCUGGACAAGGACGAAGGGGUCCUGACCAUGGUUGAACAUCAGUCAUUGAGGUAGUGGUACAUGAAUUCUAUAAAUACUGGUGCAUUGUCCCUGAGUAGUGGCACAUCAGUCCUGGAAGUACUGGUUGGUUCGUUCUUUUCAGUCAGGGUCAGUGCAGUCCUGUGGGUGGUAGCACAUCAUUUAGGUAGUAGUAAGUACAUGAAUCCUACAGGAGAAGAUAAGAUAUGCUUAGUACCAAAAAGGACCUUAAUAAGGUUCAUCUGCGUCUACUAGUACCAAAUAUACCCCACAGGGUGGUGGUACAUUGUCCCCUAGGUGUAUGUGCAGCAGUGCUAACAGCAGUGGUAAAUCAGUGCUGUCUAGUCAAGGUUGAGGGAGUCCUGAUCAAGACUGUACAUUAGGUCUAAAGCCUAAAACAUACAGGUUCUGUGUUGAAUGCGUUCCGCCAGCGUUGCGUGUGAGCAGCAAAUAUGUUGCCAUUCAAAACAAUGCAGCAUCGAACACAGGACACGUUGCAGCUCUGCUGCAGCUCCAUAUCAGAAGCGUGUCGGGCGCGGCUCUGUUAAAGACAAGCACUGAGUCUACUUUCUCUGCUCUAGGCUUCCAACACACAUCAAUCUACACAGAGAAGAUCAUUCUGGACAGGAUGUCAAUCACAAAAGCUGCACAUGUCAUUUGGUUAAUUUCAAAAUAAAACACCAUAUGCAGACUCCUGACUGUGUAUCAGUUCGUGGAGAUGAGAAAUACUUCCUGGUUAUGGAUUUAUCAGUAAUGCAGAACAAUCCGAUGGUCAAUCCCUGAUCCAUGUGGACCCCAACAGGAGCUGCUAACUCUCUCUGAGGGUAACAGCACAGCAUAAAGGAAGAUAGUUUACUUUAUUAAGCACAAGAAAACCUGCAAAGACCGAAACUGUAAAUCAUGUUGUUUUUUCAUAUAUAGUAGAAGCUCAACGGUCACUGAAUUAUAUCCAAACUAGCAGGAAAUAGACCACAGAAAGGCAAAACAACCUGUUGUGAGCAUGUUGUUUUCUCUACACUGAGCCCAGCUGACUGGAGCUGAUCUACGCUGCUGCUACGCUCCAAACACGCAUCCUGUGGGUGAUAGACAGUGCUGCUCAAUGGAGCAGAGACGUGAUCCUAACAGAACACGCUCAACAUGGAUCCUGUGGGUUUUCUGCUCUAGUCCCAGAGGUGGUACAUAAGUGUAAGCAGGACUGGUAAAUAAGUUCUGUAUGUUGGUGCAUCAGUUCCAGGGGUGGUAGUGGUUGGGAACCUGAGGGUGAUGUCACAUUUGUCAUUCACGUAGUUGUGCAUAAGUCCUUUGGAAGUGGGUAGAUAGCACCAAAAGGUGUCCAUUCUGUUGGCCUAGUCUUUAAGAAGUACUUAGGAAGGUGAAGCAUCACUCAUUUGCUUGUAUGUAAGUCCUGUAGGCAUUGAUAUUUCAGUCCUGUGGAUGGUGGUUUCUGAGUUCUGUGGUUGUGGGUGCAUAGGGUGGAGUACAUUAGUCUUUGAUGGUAUACAUCAGUCCCCUGUGAUUUUUGGUAUGCACUUGUCCUGAGAGAGAAGGUAGGUCAGUCCUUUUGGUGGGGACAAAACAGUGCUUGAGGAGAGGAAAUAGUGGACCCAUGGGUGGUUAUUUAUUUCUGCAGGUGGUGUUACCUCCGGUUGCAUGUGUUGAUCCAUACAGCUUGGCUCUCUCUUGAUGUGCAAGACACAAUCAGCCGAGACCUGGCUGCUGUUGAUGUUGAAGUGAUUUGGUGUAGGCUAUCCAAAUAUUAUCCGAUCUUAGAACGAUUAUUACCCCUCUGAUUUAUAAGUCUACUUGUUUUAGAUGGUGAAGCAGCUCUCAUUAGAUGUUGGAGACCCAGACUGUUGCUCUUGGGCAGGACGGCAGUGUCUGUGUUUAUGGCAGCAGUGGCAGCGGGGUUUAUGAGGUUAACUGCUGAAAAAUGGUCUUCCCAUAUGACAGGCUGUGUUUAAGAAAACUGAAAGAUUCGGUAGACUGAAUGCCAGCAUGUAACAGACAGGAUGACUGAGAAGGAGUCUGACUUUAUUUUGGUUUUAUUAAGCCUUCUUCCAUUUCACUUUGCAAGUCAGCCAUGGACACAGUCGCUGGUUACAGAAGAUUUAACAUCCAGAAUGACAGCAGGGAGAGGGAUGUGGAUAAUGUGCAGAAAUUUGCUCUUUAGGAUAUUUUCAGAGUAGGAAUAUGAUUCAAUGAAAAAAGGGUUUGGAAUAAAAUUGAAAGGGGUAGAACGAAAAGGAAGGGAACGCACUUCAAUCAGGGCAAAUGAGGAAGAUGUGAUUAAGGAGGGAGGGAUGGGAGGAGACAUGGUAAGAUAAGGAGGCGUAGGAGGAGGAGGCUGAUGAAGAGAGCAGAUAACAGUAGAAUUAGUGGAGUUUCAUUGAUUAGCUGUAGAAGUGAAGUGUGCAAGCAUUGAUCAGCUCUCAGGAACAGUUUUACAGGAUUUAGACUGAAAAAGAAGAGCGCUUAAAACCGUUUGUUUUAAGGGUAGAAGACGCACAGUGACAGUUGGUCUUUUUCAGAUGCUGAUUUGAGAGCAGAUACAGCUGAUGGUUACUGAGCAUCAAGAAAACCGCUGUAUUUAUUGACGAAACAGCUGUUUGUUCAGUUUGAGAAGGUUUUUGUGUUAUGAUCUUAACUGGGUUAUUUCCUUCAACGUGUGCUUACCUGUUGUGUGUGAGCCUGAUCGAAAUAGAAAUGUUGGCCUUGGCCAGCUGUUGACUGCAGCAUUUGCACUGUUCUUGGGUAAUCUGAACCACAGGGUGUAUGUCCAGGGACUUGUGGAGUUUUUUUAUUUUUUUUUUCUUCUUUUUUUUUUUUUGUGAUCUAGCUGACUAAUGCAGGAGUGGGCGCGUGUGGUAGAGAUGCAAUAAUACAUUUGGCUCACAGUUCAGUUUGGGUUUUGUAAAAAAAAAUGUAAAACAUGAUAAUAUUAUGGGAAUGUUACUAAGAAGUAAAAUGCUGACUCUAGGCAAAUAUAAAAGAAUCAAGAUUAACACAGAUCCCCUGAUGCAGUAUACACUGCAUAUUGGUUAUGUUCAACACUAACAGCAAUUAACAAACAGCUUUAAUCUCACUCAGAAAUAACUAGGAUGGAGCUGAGAACAAAGGUCUGAUACACUGACGGGGAGAGGAUUUUUGUCCAACACACCAUGUAUUUAAAGGGUAUCUGGGCCGUGAGCAAUUCAGGACUUUUGCGUUUUACAUGGACUCUAUGAUACAAAAAGAGGAAGUAAUGUGAGAGUGAUUUUGUUUUGAAUCCUUAUUCUCUUAUUUAAUUCUGUUGACUCACAUUGAUAUUUAAAGUUCGCACAGUCAAAGUGUAACAUCACCAAACAAUUUAGUGCGUCUCAUAAAGUGUGUAAGCAUAUGGACCAAUCUUUUGAAUAGCUGGAAAAUUCUGAGAUAAACUGAUUUAACUUGAUGAAUCUUUUAAAUAAAAAAACUUGUCUCCUUUUGAAAUUUUCACAGAAAUUUCAUCCUUGGAAAAGUAAGACUGACCAGAUGAACUCUGAUGGCGACCUAUCCAAAAUAUUCUGCUUUUCAAAAGUCCAACUAACACAUCAGUCAAUUUCUGAGACUGUGUUUGUGUAGGUUUGUGUAAGGGAUAGAGAAUGUUGUUGCACAUUCAGACAAGAUAACUUACAGCUGCAUUAGUGACUUACUGACACCCACAGAUCACACACACCGACACAUUUAACUCACCCACAGAUCACACAUCUGCACACACUCAUCACACACACACCAUCCUCUGAUGGUGGAGCAACCAUUUACAUGCCAGUGAUGCUACAGAGCUGCUGUUAAGUGUUUUUUACUGAUAACUGGACCACAUUCCUGUCUGGAAACACACACACACACACACACACACACACACACACACACACACACACACACACACACACAUUCAGUAUCUCUGUAGCGUAAGCUUGGGACAGACAAGGAGAACAUUUACUCUAAGUAAUAAGGUCGGUAGGUCAAAACCCUGACAGUGAAUUUCAGACACACAUUCUGUCACACAUACACACACACACACACACACACACACACACACACACACACACACACACACACACACACACACACAUAUUGUUCGCUGAGAUAGUGCAGAUCUCUCACUCACUGCUGUCACUCAGAACAAAGAGUUAAACAUAAAAACUAUAUUUAUUUGAAAUUCAAUUUGAAAAGCUCUAUAAAAUGUCACUUUUUAAAGGAAUAGUUCAACAUUUUGUGAAGCUUUGAACUUUUUCUGCUGAUUAUUAGACAAAAAGUUCGGUCCCUUUUCACUGAGAAUAUAAUGCUGGAUAAAGCCAACAUGGUGGCUGUCCGUUAUUGGUUACAAGUCAUGAGUUUUGGAUUUCAGGGCUUUUUUGAAGCACUUUAGUUUAGACCAUAUUUGUUUCAAACUAUUUGCUCACCCUGCCUUUAAUAGAGACACUUUUACAUUCAGGUGAUUGUACGUAAAUUUAAAUAUAAUUGAAAAGAUUGAAUUUCUAACAUGUCUGUCCUGAAAAAUGUUGCCACACACUGCCCACUCCCAUUUGCACUCAGCUCAUCAUUUCUGUGUGGAGGGAUAACUGAGCUGGGUCUGGAUGAGAGUUGGAGAUGCUUACAGCUUAUCUUUCCAGUCAGAAGCAAAACAAGAGCAGGGGAGCUACAAAACCCUACAGGCAGGUUUGUGUUCGAAACUAACGAAUUAGGACUCUUGUUUGUUUUGUGAUCAGGCUAAACGGUAAUAACAGAAAUUGAUCCAGACUUGUUUCUAUAAUGUGAUCAGGUUUGUUUUACUAAUACUGUUUACAGAUAAACUCUCCAACAAAGUGUCAGUGUUGGUCCAGAGGUGGUUAUCAGUGUGCUAGUGUUUGGACAGCGACAGAGCAGUGAGUGAAUCACUGACAGCUGAGAUCCACGACUGAAGGAGAGAGCUGUAAUCAACCCUCUUAAACACACAUGCUGUCACGUGUGUGUGUGUGCGCGCGCGUGCGUGUGUGUGGUAAUCCUCUCCUCUUGCCUCCUCUCAUCUGGUUCUUGUAAGUAUAAAGAGGCAGAUACACACAGAUUAGACUCAGACACCCUCCACUCACUUUAAGUAAGGUGAACAAGACUUCUGUGGAAAUAUCUUUGAUGACUUUUCAGUCCUAUUUAAGCGCUACUUACUGUUGUAGCCUUUCAGUUGAUGAUUAUUUGCUGUUUUUAAGGGGUUUUGACUAAUCAGAAUCAAGUAUCUAACAGCUGGGUAAUAACAAUAACAAUAAUCAUACUCAGCUCUUGUGAGGAUGAACUGUGAGAAAAACACUGAAGAUCUUUCAGUAAAGCCCUGAUCUGUCCCCUCCUCCUCCUCCUGCUGCAGCAGCUGGAGUGAUGUGUGGUCUCAGUGUGUGAAUAUAAAGCAGAGAGCUGCUGAAAGGGUCAUCAGUCCACACAAACUGAGGGUCAAACAGGAGAAUUUAUUGAGCUCUAAAAAACCCGAGCUGAAACAAAAAAAGUGAAGUUUUGACACAAUUGUUGGAGAAAUGACAGCUGGAGCUGUGAAGUGACGCUUGCAGCCUGGCAGUGUUUGCAGCUUUUUAAAGCUGCUGAAGCAAACAUGGUGUUAUAUUUGGCCGUUUGUCUCUUAGAUGGAAUUUUGUAGCGAUGGAUUUGAUAAACACAGGCAGACAAAAUGUCUUUGACAGAACAGCAUGAAGCUAGAAACCAGCUGCUGGAAUGAGAGGCUCCAGUUAUUUGCAGUUUCAGACACUUUCCUUAGCCAUCUGCUGACAGUCAAGGGCUUUUGCUAAUGCAACACACAGUAUAAGAGCAGCUUCAACGGACUAUUAAGGAAUCAAAAAUGCACAAUCAGAACAUUAACUUUUGAGAUGAUUAUGUAAAAAAACUCCCAAAUGUCUACUUGUGUUCAGAAAUGACUGAGGGGACUGUACACAAGUUGGCUGAGACCAGACAGGACUUAAUAUAAUUUUGACCUGAAUCCACCAGAGUUAGAAAACACACUACGUAUGUGUUUCUAAUAUGAGUAGGCAUCCUCCCUGUUUUUUGCAGAAAUAAAUCACCUUAAAGUCUAUUAGUUGUCAACUUGUUGAGGUUUCCAGUUGUAAAGGGGGUUUCACACACCCUUGUUGUCUUGGAAUAUUCUACAGUAAACAUCUGUCUGUUUAAUAGGGCCACACAUACUUUUAUGGGUGCAUCUGAAGGUUACAUCAGAAGACCAAACAUGUCACAUUGAAGUUUGUCCCAUUUAAAGGUUCCUCUAAAUGUGUUCUACAUUUCACAUGCAGUGAAAUCUAUGUUAGAUGAAUUCAUCGUAAACCAACGUGUCCUCUGAUUCUUUAGGCACCUGUUCAGACAAAGUGGUGAGCUCUCCAGCUGCUGAGUAUUUGGUUUCAACCCAACAGUGAACAGUACAAAUUUUACAGAAAACAAACAUAUUGAAGCUUGACACUAUCUUUAAAAUGUUGGUGACAGUGUUAAAUCAAGUUAUGAUAGCUAGUUAGCCUGGUAGCCAGCACAUUGCCAAGCAACAGAGACAGCCCUACACCUGCAUAAAGGCAGGGAAUGAAGAUAAAACUUUAUUUAUCCCAUGGUGGGGAAGUUUGCAGUGUUACAACAGCAAAGGAUUCUGAGUAAUACUCCUAUAAAGCUUGAACCAUCCUCGUGUUCCUUCACCCCCAGGACCCUUCAAGGUCUAGUUUCUUUAAAGGUUUGGCUCUUCAAAGGCUGUAAAACCAUGGGUCCUUUAAAGGCUGGAUUGGCCCUCCAAAGUCUGGGCUUUCCAAAGGUUUGGCUCUUCACCCUUACCAAUAAAUGUUUGUAAAGAAAGGAUGGAAAAGACAUUUAUACAUAAAUGUUUAUUGUGAGUUCACAGUCGGACAGUUACAGUUAGAGCCUCUAAAGUGCUUACAAGGAGAGAAUAAUAAAUGAAGCUGUUUCCUGUGAUCUUCUCAGUCAUUUACAAAAUUGAUUGUUUGUUGGCCAUAUGGACAGCAGAGAAAACAGCUAUCGGCUCAGGUCAUCACCUUAUAAACACACUCAACGCUCUUCAAUACAGUUACACUGCAUCAUUGAGGAUAGAUGGAUGGUAGGAUGGAUUAAUAAUGAACACAGAGAGGCUGUAAAACAUCGACUCACUUUAACUGAUUGUUGCAGCUGUGAAUUCUUGGUCAUAAUUUUGUCUCUUAGCUCUUGUUAACUUUGCAACCCAGCUGCACCAGUCUGAUGUUUGACAUAUUUGAGGGACAGUUUACAAAGUUUGGUCUCUUUUAUAAAUCAGAACUCUGAAACCUUCUUUGCUUAUCGCUUUCUCAUAUAUGCAAUAUCUGAUAUGUUUUUGAAGACCUUCCCGAUCGUAAUAAGAGAUCAUCCUUCAGUUCCUUCAAAGCUGAAUCCUGUAAGUUUAGGGGAUGUCCAAUGACCCUAUUCUAAUAUUAACACGUGGAACAUUUAAAGCAAACAGCAGAAUCCCUCUUUGACCAUUAACAACAGCAGAAAGCAGUUGAGGUAUAGAUGGUUUUUUUUCUUCUUUUAUUUGCAUGUAAUGGAUUGACUGUGCUGCUCUUGUUGCAUGCAAAAUAUUUAACAAAGCUUUUAAAUUUGAUGCAUUUUACAUGAGGAAUAGUUUUCAUAUUUAUGAAAACUUUUGGGUGUUUUGUUGUAUUUUGGUCUGAGUCCAUAUUUUAAACACUGAGAGGUUUGUAGCUAGAGCUCUGAAGCUUUUAAGCAGAUAUAAAUCAGGUUUGUUUUACAUUCAGCACCCAGCAGGACUGUUUUAAUCCCAGCGUCAGUGAGAGAGGUAUUAAAAGUCAAAUGAUGUGUUAUACAGGUUUGUUUAAAACAUUUCAAAUCAGGCAGAGUUAUUCCUUGUUCUGUGAGCUGAGUGCAGGGAGCUUUAUCAUUUGUUCUGCCUUAAACUGGAAAUAAAAAUCUUAUAUUGUGGAUUUUUUUUUCUGAUCACAGUUUUAUUUUUAAAUAAAGGUAUUCUUUUUUUUUUUCUUUUUACUACCAUAGUUGUGUAACAGAUUAAGCAGUUUUAUUCUUCAUUAAAUAAUCUAGUCUUUGGGUAUGAUGUCUUAGUUAUGUUAAAGGCUGACUUACAGUAGAAAAUAGAAGGUUAAAGAGAUAAUCCAGUGUAAAAAUUAAGUUAGGGUCAAACACACCAUAACAACAAGUUAGACACCCCCUCGAGAGAUGAAUGUUGCCGACCGCUUGUUUCUCUAGCUAUACCAACUUAAGUAACGACUGCAGGAUAGCAAUACCUCAACCAAAAAGCCACUCUAUAGCCACAAAUAAUGCCCAGAACAGCACCUAACUUUAUCAACAGUACAUAUAGGGUCCCAGCCAUAGUACUAGCCACCAAACAUCUUUUUAGCUUUGCCUAAAUUCUUUAGCAAAGAGACUAAACACAACUCAUCCACUCUCCUCCAGCAGCAACUUGUUUGUGGGGGGAGCCCUGACGAGUCGAUCAUGGAGUGCAGCGGAUCAUUUCCUUGAAGCAAUAAUCAUCGUAAUAAUCAUUUUGCACUGCAGACGCGGUAGUUCUUCUGCCUUAGCGUCUCGGUCUGAUUGCAUUUCCAUGAAGUAAUGAUCAUAAAUGUUCUUCUUUGAGCAGCGAAACUCCACUAACUGAAUGGGAAAUGACCCUAACUUAAUUUUACGCUGGAAUAUCCCUUUAAGUACUGCCUUUUUAGAGCCUUAAACACUAUGCCAACAAUAUGGAAUCAAAAGAGGCUGCUGGGGGAUGAAAAAUACAUGAAAAAAUAUAGUUUUAAGUUCUGUGCAUCAUACUAUUUGUAGAUGCCAGCUCUUUGUGGCAGCCAUAGCCUUUGUAGUUUAUUUGUUUAUUGUGUGGUCACAUGCUGGUAUGACAGUCAUGUAGUGGUGGUGGAGGUGGUAGGUCAGCACCGAUAGUGGUGAAGUCAGCUGUUCACCUGGCGGGUUUUGUGAGUGAAUGGAGAGAGGGUGAAGAGGGGAAGUCCUACUUUUUGCUGACUGCAUAUGUUUAUCAUAUUUAAUGACUGCCUUUUCCCAUGUAAGUGCUUUGUCUCUUGUCAUCAAUAAAAUCUCAAAAAGAGCAAUAUUUACCCUCCCUCACAUUUUGUAAUAUAAUGGGAAGAUUUAUUUGAUACGCUUUUUUUUUUUUUUUUUUUACAUUCUGGCAGGGGACGAUUUAAGUCUGCAUGUUGCUCUUGCUGUAUUGUAGUGGUUGUUGAGCAUGGCAGUGAUAUGAGGGGGAGUCAUCAUUUGGCUGAGGUGUUUCCAUUUGCAAAUUUUAUCCCAGCUUUUAAUAUGCUGUACUUAACCUUCUUUGUCUUUAAUUGGAUGUUUAGUGCAACAUAUUGUGUAAUAACCUGUUAGUUAUAUUGUUUUUUUUUUUUUUUUGGGAAAAAAACAAAACAAAAAAACAUGAUUUGGAAGCGUUUACACCAUAGACUGUAUAUAAGAUGGACAGAGUCUGCCUCCUCGCUGGGUGAAGCCACUCCGAGAACAGCACCCUCUGUUGAUGGGCUGCAGUAUAGGUCAUAAAUCCCGCCUCCGCCAGCAAAGCUUAUGGGACUGUGGACAAACUUUAGAAAUUUAUUACACAGAACAUAAUUUUUUCUCCCCCCUGCUUGUGAUGUUGACUUGUAGUUACUGUAAGACUGGUUUGUGCUCAAGUCCUGUUUUUUCUGUACAGCUCUGUUUUUAAAAGUUAUAAGGGGGUUCAUGUUUUCUAUGAUUGACACCUGGUACAGCCUAUGGGCAUUCAGGGAUUGCGUAGCUCACCCGGGGGGAUACGCUAUUUGAGCCGAGCGUCAUCACAGGGACUCUCGGCGACUGCACGGCCGAAUGCGCACAACGCCACUGCACAGCUCUGGUUUCAAGGAAGUGGAGAAAAACCCGGAAUUACCGAGAGCUUUUUGGCUUCAAAUCUGUAUACAGGCGGGAGGCAGAACCAGGUUGUCCAUCUUAUAUAUAGUCUAUGGUUUACACUCAAAGCGUCUUUCGUUAUUCACCACAAGAUGGUGGUGUGUAGGAGAGACCGGAGAUGGUUGUGACACGGGUCAGUUGUAACACUACAAAUGCUAAUAUAAGACACACACACACACACACACACACACACACACACACACACACACACACACACACACACACACUGCUGUUCAAUUGUUGAAGCCACUGCACAUUUUGUUCAGUCUUAUUAUUACGAUCAAUUGUUAGUCUAAGACCUGUAGGCCACUGGACCCAUAAGGCCUGCACUCCAUAGAGAUUGUCUGCAGUAUGUCUGUCACCACUGUGAGUGACUAUGCAAGACAAAAAAGCACAAACAUACACACAUAGCCUACAAAUAUUCAGUUACUGCAAAUUUGCAAACUAUUUUCAGUUGUCAGUCACUUCUAUGACUGACAGUAACUAACAUUGUCGGAAACUCACCGUUUCCUACAAAGCCUCAGCUUAAUUGUGUGACGCUGUUAAGUGUUGUUACCAGUGGUGUUCCUAAGCAACUUGGCACCCUAGGCAGGAUUUCUGGUAGUCUGUACAGCUCAAAAAAGAAAGCAAAAAAGUGGAAGAAAAGCCAAUACGGCCGGCGCGGGAACGGGGUCUUAAUAAAUCCCUUUUAAGUAACUUCAACUAAAACAUCAGCAAAUGGCUUGACACAAACGAUUUGCUUAGCUAGUACGUUGUGUUUUUGAUCUGCAUUCUGCAACAUGUCAGACUGCCGUGAUCUGACAACUUUGAAUGAAUUGAAAGUCAAGACUAGUCUCGACUUUUCAAGCAGUCAAGCACUGAGACAUUAUGCCUCGGCAAGAAAGCAUGUUGUUGCCUAACAGCUGAGGCAAUAAGCCAUGAUGAUAAUUGACGCUGCUCUGCCUGGCCUGCCUUGGCUUAUUAUUGCCUUGUUGGCUGUGCUUGGUGUGGUCUCUCUGUGUGGUGAACUGGUGGUGGCGAUGCAUAAGCCGUGGCGGCGGCGCUGCGGGUGUAUUGUGUUACAAGUUACCUGACUGUAACUAGUUGAGUUAAACAGAGGGAGAGUUACCAACCCAACUUACCUCAGAAGCAAGCGCAGCACGACCACGAGGAGAGAGCAGGGGGGCGGGGAGGAGUCGUGUCCUGUGUGCAGUCCAUUGGGGACCGUGGCAAAAUUGCAGGCAGGUUGCAGGCAGACAGACACUUAAGCCCAAAUAUAUAAAAGAUUUAGCCAUUGUUUAAAGACUUUACGACUAUGUACUGUUGUUAGAUUGCUGUGUUUUUGUUGUUGUUUUAUAUUGCGAAAUAAAAAGUAUUUAUUAAAAAAAAAUAUAUAUCUUCUCCCCUCCCUGGUGCCCUUUCUGCUCGCGGGCGCCCCUAGCAGUCGCCUACUCCGCCUAAUGACAGGAGCGCCACUGAUUGUUAUGAUACUCUGUUAUUGCGUCCGACACAGCAAGUCACCUGCCAGCUGCAUGUGCUGUGCUGUUAAGUUUCAUAUGUUGUUUUUGAGGAUCUAUAGGAAAAACCACACAUACUAUACAUACGCUCACUCCUGUUCAUUUCCUGAUGUUCACAAUAAACAAUGCUGUAUUUGCCACUGCUGUUGGUAGAAGGAAAUAAAUACUGUUGUUAACUUAAGUCACUGGAUGCCAGCGUAUUCCUGCUGAUCGAGGAGGAGUUCAGGUGUACCAAACCCACCAGUUAUUAGACGCACCAAGUGCCUUACAAACACAUAGGUUCACACAAACACAAAAACACACAACAGCUAUGUUAAAAUGCAUUAAGGUGUUAAACAAAAAGCAUUAAAUCCAUCAAGAUUAUGUCAAUAUCUUGAUUUUAUAAUGUUACAUUUCACCCCAGGGUAUGUUAGAAAUAACCCAGACUAUGGGGGAAUUGUAACAUUUCACUCCUGAUGCUUGAGACUGAAUUAUGUAUUGUUUGUUUGUGUUGCAGAGAUAACAGAUAUUCCAUUUAACAGCAGACACAUAUACCUAGUUUGUAUCACAGUUUGAAUGCAUUGACUUAAAAGAGCUCCAACAGCUGCUGUUGCAGAAAAUAAUCUCUGAAAAGAGUGGGAACCCUGUUAUUAGUUGAUGUAUUGAAAUAGUAAAUGACCUGUUUUUGGCAUUUGACAGAUGGUCAGACAUGAUGACAUACUUUUAUUAGGACACUUGUUCUUGUGUGGCAUCUCCGAUGAAUCUUGAAGACAUUAAACAACCUGCAGAUAUCAUUUAGAGUGAAAAAAAAAAAUACAACUGCAGUUGCAGCCAUGGAGGUAUAUCUGCACAUCAGAAGCAGGGCUUUGAGGCUACCAACUGCUUUCAAUUUUAACCCUGUGUUUUCGUGUGUUUUAGAUCUACGAUGCAGAGGGGACGUUACAGCACUUUAUUGAUGGUAAUGAUCCCAGUAAGUCCAGCUGGAUGAGGUAUAUCCGCUGUGCCAGACACUGUGGGGAGCAGAACAUGAUGGUUGUCCAGUACAGGUAUGAAUAAGCCUGUAGUUUUCAUAUUUUUUGCUGUCAUCUUUUAAACAUGCUGCAUCUAAAUGUGCUUAACCAUUGCUCAUUUGUUGUGGUUUAUCUUUGUGUGUUUUUUUACAUGUAAUGUGUAUUCUGUGCUUUACCAUAACACAUUACACACCUGAGGAUUAUUUAGAGACUGCUUUAAGUAUUACCAAAUUGUUUUCUAAUUGUCUGUUCUAUCGGAUCAAUUCUUUUUGUAUAAUUAAUACUCAAUGCUAACCAAAGUAUCAGCUUCACAAUCGCAUUCACUCACCCAGCACAACCUUAGUUGUCUGAACUUGAAGGGCAGGAUCAUCACAGACUUGGCAUCAGUGAAACAGCCCAAUAUGAACAUGGUAUGGCACCAUGGCUGUUACCUGAAAAAUCUGAACAUCAGAAACAUGCCAAUAGUGUUAAUCAAGCAUGCACUUAAGCGUCAGCACCUUUCACUUGUGCUUUAUUUAAUACUUAGGUUAGGAAAGGACUUGGGCUAUAGUGCCUUGCAGAAUAACCAAACCUGUUUAGGGACGAGACUGAAAGCACGACUUUGAGCAGCCUCCUGUUACAUGCAUAUUUAGCAUUUUCCUAAAGCCUGGAAUAGGUGUGGUACAGCAUAAUUAGUUUCCCGGUAAGGUAAUAAAUCAAAAAUCCUGAAUACAGUUUGGUGUGGCUACAAGUAAACAUGUUUUCAAAGAAGCUGACUAAGUGACGUACACCUUUUUCAGAUAUUUUCCAGAGUUUGAUUACUGUAAAAAGUACAGGAUAGUGGACAAAACAACUUGCUAAUCAUGAAAAUGUUACCGAAAUGAACAUGCAUGUUAAAUGAAUGGACUUCUUUGUUCAGCCUGAAACCCUUCAAAACCCAUUCUGCAGAAAUACAAAUAACCAUAUUUGAUGUGUUGUACAAAUUUACUCUUUGAGCCAAGCUAGCAUCCCUCCUAGAUUUUUAACAAUGUUUGAAGUAUCACCAAACAAAUUAACUUUCUCUCAUGAAUUGUAAAGUUGAAGUUGAUAAUGUGAAUGUCUGCAAGGUGGACUCAUAGACAGAAAGAGUUUCAUGAACAUUUCACAAAUCAUAUAUUUUAUUCAAAGAGAAUAUGUUUUCAGAUUGUUCAGCAAAGACACAUCACAAGAUGUUUUAUAACAAAUUGUCGCUGUCCGAUGAAAAACACGUACUUCCACUUUUAGCGAUUUGGACUUUUUUCGAUACAUGGAUGGUCCAAAUAACUGGUGGAAAGACAUUAUAUAACAUCAUGUUUUUAACAAGUAUCUCCAUUGGGUGUUGGAGGUGUCAACAAAGCACACAUCUCCCGCCCUGGCCCUGCGUUGUCAUGCCAACAAACAGACUUUACACUGUGACAGACUCAUAACAGUCCAGGGUAAUGCUACACUAACGUCCUCACAUCGACUGAUGCCUUCUGAAAACUUUUUUCUAACCACGACAGUGUUGCUUAGCUGUAUAUUAGAUUUCUUGAGCCAAAGUUUUAUCCCAAAGCUGCUGCUGUUUUGUCUCUCACACUUGUUGGCUACUGUAUUGCUUAGUUGUGUUUCCGCUAUCUUUUAAUUUCUCCACUGGUUUUUAAGUGAAAUCAGAGCCAGAGUUUUAUUAAAAAACUAUUAAUUUAGCAGCAUAAGAACUCACAUUUAGUACAUUUUUCAGUUGGUUUUUCAAUAUACCUGCUAUUGUUGUGGACACUAGUGCAUAGUGGGACAUAAACAGGAUGCUUGAAGCUUGUAAAUAACCAAACGUCAUUGGAGUGCAUUAUUAAAAAAAACAUGUAUGUCCACUAUCACUCACAAAGCAAAGCAGGUAAGUCCGUUUAAAAGAUCAAACAGGUCACAUAGUGACUGUGUGAGUAUAGAUUCUGAUUUCAGGUCCUAAUUUUGUCUAAUUACAGUGUUUUGGGUUUAUUCUGUUAGGUAGUUAAUGAAUGAAAUUGUUUUUUGAUGUUCCUGAAAAAAACAAGACAGCGACGAAAUACAGUAUUCAUACUGUGACCAUACAAGCUUUUAAACUAAUAAAACAGAUUUUUACAGUGUUACCUUGUUGUGUUUCAACAUACUGUGACUAUACAAGCUUUUAAACAAAUAAAACAGAUUUUUACAGUGUUACAUAGAGUGACUAGCAUUGUAUUCCUUGUUGAAAUAAAGUUAAAUAUGUGAUUCUAUCUCACUACAGAGUAAAAAUGUCCGUCACGGGCAGUUAAAGCACCCUACAUACUGAGGCUAUAGUCCUUGUUUCAGUGGUCACUGGUUUGACUCCUAGCCUCGUCCCCAUGCAGCAUGUUUUCCCCAUUCUAUAACUCCUGCAUUUCCUGUCUCUCUUCAGCUGUCCUAUCCAGCAAAUUUAGAAAAAUAUCUAAAAACAUAACUUAAAAAUUUGACAGGAUUACACAGCCACUGGCUGUAAUAACGCAUAAAAAAGGACACAAAACGCCUCAAGUCACCUAAGCAAAGUUCCAAUCUUUGCACCUAAAACUGAAUGCAGCAAAUUUCAUAAAAUAGUACAACCACUGCCUGCUGUGUCAUCUUUCUGCUGUGCCUGUAUCCACUCAUUUAUUUGUUCCUCAUGUCUUUCCUUCAGCUCAUGAAUUUCUAAGAGGAGCUCUUGGGUGUGACUUUUCGACUGCAGCUGAUACAGCUCUACUUCUUGUCUUUUCUUCAGUAUGUCAAAGUCUCUUUUGCACUUACUGUUCUGGCACAGCUGUUUUAUGAUGAGGUCUUUUUGUUCUUUACACCUUAGUGUCAGAUCCUGAACUUUCUUUUCAAACUGAUCCAACUCCAGGGAAGUAUCAUUUUCAUAAACAUGUCUGACUAAAGUGUAUUCUUCAGCUAUCUUUCUGGCAUCCUCUUCGGUUUUCCUUCUCAGACUCUUCAGUUGCCUUGCAUAGUUUUCUUCAAUUUCUUUCAUUUCUUGUGCCACUUGUUGUUCCCUUUUUCUUUCAUCCUCUUUUCUUUGGAUUUCAUAUCUUCUUAUUUCCUGCUCGCUUUCUUCUUUGAGCUUUCGAAGCCGCCUUUCCUCUUCCUGUUGCCUUUUCUCUUCUUCUCGACGCCGUUUCUCCCACCAUUCCUUUCUUUCCCGCUCCCAGGCCUCUUGUUCUUUUUUCAUUUCUUCUCUGUUUUGCUUCAAGAUCAACCUCUCAACUGGUGCCUCUGUUUCUAACUCAGCUGUUAACUUUUUCUCUAGACAAUAAAUUUUCUUCUCCAUCUCAUGUUGUUUGAGCGCCUCCUGCCUUUUUCUUUCCUGUUCCUCUUCUUCUCUCUCUUUCCUCCGCUUCUCCUGCUCCUUUUUCAUGCGCUCCUCCUUUUCUUUGGCCCUUCUUUCUCUCUCUUCUUUCCCCUGAUCAAACUUGGCUAUCCGCUCUUCCAUUUUGAUUUUUUUCUGCUGCAGUUCCUCCUGAUACCUCCUUUCAAGGUCUCUCUGUUUCCUCUGGAUCUCUGGUUCCCUCUCCUCAAUGAUCCUCUGCUUUUCCUUCUGUAUGGCUGUCUCUGCCUCACUAAACAUCUCUGAAGUGUAGUGUCCACCACCGUUUUUUCUGAUCAUUGAUUCAAUCUUUUCCAGCAGCUCUUUCACCUGAGCAUCAUUCUCCCGAUCCUUGUUAUUGAAGACCUGGUACCUUCCUCCACAGUCAUCAAUCAGCUGUUUGACAUAGCCUUCUUCGUCUUCUUCUAUGUAGUCCGCAAUUGUUUGACCUUGGAGAUCAUCUCCCUUAGUGAAAGUGAUGACAAUGAAGUCUUCUGACUUCUUUCCGAAAAACGUCCUGAUCAGCUCCACUGUCUGUCUUUCCUCAUUUGUGAAGCGACCAAUUUGUAGCACUAACAAGAACACGUGAGGUCCAGGAGACAACAAGCUGAUGCAUUUAGAGACCUCUCUUUGAACAUCGCUGUUGUUCAGAGACGUGUCAAACAAGCCGGGGGUGUCGACCACAGCGACAGGCUGCCCAUCAACUUCUCCUGUUACUUUCUUACAGUGCACUGUCACUGACUUUGUGCUGGCUUUAGCUGUGAAGCUGUCCUUGCUGCCCAAGAUCGUGUUUCCUGUUGCACUUUUCCCACAGCCAGUUUUCCCGAUCAACACAAUUCUGAGACACUCGCUUCUCUGAAGUGACUCUGAACGUUCUUUAUGUGGCACCCGCUUCUGCACCACAGGACCAGGCUGUUUGUCCGUCACGGACUCCAGUGAAUCUUUUUUAUUCCCAAACUUGAACCCUCCAGGCUUUGCAGCACCAUCAUUAUCAUUACUAAUGGAUCCAGGGAUCAUAAUUUUUUUUGGAGGCUCUUUUCGAGGCGUAAUGCGGGGGGGCUGCCUCAUGGACGCUCUGUAAUUGUUCAUCCUCUCAGACUCUGCAAACUGAAACUUAGAGCCCUGGACAUGAAAGGAUGGAGUCCUUGCAGGACGAUUCACCACCACAGGCUUUGGGAACAUGUCCCUUGUGAAGCCUCGACAUCCUACAUCUCUUAUCUUCUCCACAGUGUGUAACACCUCGGCAACUUGCUGCUUAUCAUUGAGGUUAAAAACAACAUAUCUGCCGCCACAGGUCUGAAGGAGCUGAUGGAUGUCCUUGUUUUCUUGUAGAAACCGCGUCACUGCUGGGAAGUUAGGAUUCCCCUGAACAGCGAAGAGGAUCAUGGAGAACUCCUUCACUCUGGACCUGAAAGUGCUCUGGAUGGUCUCUAACUCUUUCUUGUCUUCCUCAUUUGGAGGAUCGAGAGGAAGGACCAUGACAAAUGCGUGGACUCCCUCUGAAUCACAAAGAGUGAGACCUUUGACUGACACCUUCUUGGCUGCCUCUGGAGGUUUUCCAGUCAAGGUGGGCAGCUCCACCAGUGUAACACUGCGCCCCAGCACCUCUGCUUCAUUUUUAACACACUCUGAGGCAGCAGUUGGACCAGACCUUCGUCCUCCAAGAAUCGCCUUAGCUGCUGAUAUUUUUAAGGCGUCAUGUCUCCCACACAACAGCAGGUUCAGAGGGGGUUUUGAAUGUUGUGGAGCUACCCUGAGGUCAUUCUCUUCAGUAAAAGUCAUAUUCUCCCCUCUAUUUUCACUCACUAUGCUCUCGAUUUUGUGCAUUAGUUGUCGGUGAUUUUCAUCAUGAAAGUCGUGUUCUUCGAAGUUGAUCAGUUGCUUUUGUCUACACUCUUGAAUAACUUGGUUGACAGCAGAGUUCUCUCCACUGUAACUUUGUGUAAUGAUGAUCAGUGAGUGUUUUGAAACAUCUCCUCCAAAGAAACUCAUGAUGAACUUCAAUUUUUGUCUGUCCCUCUCUGUAAAAUCUGAAGGGUGCACUAACAGCAGCAACACAUUUGGCCCGGGAGCACACUGAGCCACACACCUUGAUAAUUGAAAUUUGAUCCUAUCUUCAGGGAGUUUGAAGAUGUCUCCUGUUUUCACUAUGGUGAAUGGUUUUGUCCUCCAUGUUCCAUGGAUCUGCUGUAGCUGCUUCGACACUUUUGGAUGUGUAGCGUCUUUUUUUCCAGCGAUGAAGUCACUUAUUGUUGUCUUCUCACUUUGUUUUAACCCCAGCACCAGGAUCCGCAGCUCACAGGCUGUAAUACAUUUUUCAAAAAGUUACAAACCUUCAUUAUUUCUCUGAAGAAAUCUUCAUAAUAACUACUUUACUCAUGUCAGUCACGAAGACAUGGAGGAUGUCUACUGACAAAUGAUGUCAAAAUAGAUAUCUCUGUUAUUCAUUAUCUGUUGUGGGGUCUAAAGCAUUUUGGUUUUUAGUCUUAUUAAAUUGAAGAUGAAUCAGAAGCUUUGAGUAGGCAAGACAGUCUGACUGCAGACCUCCACUGUCAGGACCCUUCAUUGCAGACCUCCGCUGUGAGGACUUGCUCCACUGAGCGGACAGAAGGUUGAUUCGAAGCCUUUCAAAUUUAAAGUGACUAGACCAGAAAGUACGUAUUUUUUGUCUGCUGUAAAUAUACUUUAUUUUGGGGGGCUUUAUUUUUUGUAUAUAAUGUUAAUAUGAUUUUUUUUUCAUAUUUAUGUGUUCAACAAAGAGAAAAUACAAAAGGGGAUGACCAUUUUGAGAGUGAUUUAUCAAACCCGGUAACCGAUUGCGGUCUCCAUUUUGCGUCUAUAUUUGGCACAUUUGAAAGUCAGGUGCAAACUGCCACAGCGUUACAAACGGUCAUUGUGGGGGAAAGGAGGCAGAAGUCCAAUGAUAGACGAUGGAGAGACAGGGCCUUCUGUGGACAUGUCGACAUAUUUGGACUGUCAGAGAUAAAAAUUUAUAGAGUAAUAGUAAUAGUAAUGCUGGGUGACCCAAGGGCUGAUUUAAGGCCAGUCACAAAAAUGAUCCGUGCCAUAUCUCCUACUGAAAAACUCGGAACACAAGAAAAAAAUGAUCUGUUUUUCUUAUUGAUUUAAAAAAAUUUUAAUCCCUUCUUUUGAAUUCUACUAUAUUUUCUUGUAUCUGUUAAGCACUUUAAAUUGCCUUGUCUAUAAAUGGUGCUGUACAAAUAAAACUUGCCUUGCUUGCCUUUUACGCAGUUCCCCAAAACGGUAUUUGAAACUCCAUGGCUUCAAACUUCAUUUUUCAUCUACGAUCACUCUACUUGCACAAACUCUCUAUGGUGACAGCCGAUAGAGCACGCAAAAAACUUGUUUAAAGAGAACAGUCCGCAACACUUUUGCACUUGUUAUCAAUUGCACACGCAAUGAUAGUAGAUCAACCGCAAUACACCCACUACUAGCAUGUGCAAUUUUUUAGUUUGCAAACGCAAUUUAGCGUUCGCUAUUUGGGAUUAGUACAUCAGGCCCCUAAUGUAUAGCUAUUGUUUUGAUCACCUUAAAACAUUAUUUAAAACAUCAAUUAUUUUACUUGUAUUUUGAUUCAAUCAGCAAAAUGGACAGCUGUUAUUUAGUUUGUACUAUAAAUUCAUUUCGAACAAUUAAUCUCUGUUAAAACACCUAACAUGUUUGAUGGCAUACAGCAUCUACAAUCCAAAUGCUGACUGUUCUUUGCUUUUAUACCAUUUAUCAUUGGAAAUGUCACCUCCUGCACUUUUGGACUCACUUAUCUCACAUAUCUCUCAACUAUCUUCAGCGCAAAAACAAACUGGAGCGCGCGAGAAAAAUGUCACCUCGGGUCCAAUAAGUGAAGUGGGUCCUGACAGUGUAGCUCUGCGACGAAGGGUCCUGACAGUGGAGGUCUGCAGCCAGACCCCUCUUGCUUUGACUGCAUCAAAGCAGUCUUUGUGGUGAGCAAAAACCUUGGAAUGGGUGAAAAACACCCUUUAACAAUUGUAUUUACAACUGAUACCAUUUCAGAUUUUAUUUCUGUCAAUAGACAGAUGUCCUUAUGUGAUGAAACUGUGAGACUUUCAAUACCAUUGGGGGACCAAAAAUGACAUUAUUAAAAAAAUAGUAAUAAAUGAAAAAAUAAAUAAAUGCAGAAAUAAAAACAUAAAUAAAGACAUAAAUAAUUAAAUGCUUAUAUUUUCUGUUUUUAUUUCCAUAUCUAUUUAUUAAUCUAUUUUCUUAAUCAUGCAUGCUUUUGAACAUUUGUUUAUAUUUUUGUAUGAAUGCAUUUCCACAUUUAUCUGUUUAUGUAUUCAUCUAUUUAUUUAUUUAUAUUUUUGUGUCAGUGGAAAAGUAUAUAUGUAAAUUAAGUGGGUGGUCCAAGCUCCCCUCUGAAGCAGGACUGGUUUCUUGGGCUGACCAGACAAAAGCAAUCAAUUCAAAAGAUCUCACUGCUGCGCCCUCGGACAGAGCCCACCGACCCCUCAGAGUCCCUUCACCUUGUUAAAAGAUACCCUCCCUAUCGGAGAUCCCUGUUGUAGAAAACCGGGUUCUCUCCAUGGGAGAAGAGCUGACAUGCAAGACGGAGUUAUUGUCAGCGUCUUCUAGAGGCGCACAGCCGGUGAGACUGAGGGCUCUAUUUUGGUGCCUCGCCGGAGACGUGCCGCAAGCGCAGAGUCAAUCAGAUCCGCCGCGCUGACAAGGCGUUCCCAAGCACAUUUUGGUUAUUUUGGUGAGCCGCGCAGCCCGGUGUAAGUAUCCCCCCUCCCUAACUCAGCUCCUCCCGGCAGCAUAAAUCAUAGACGGGGAGGAGAGAGGGCGUAUAGGGGGUUUAACACAGCCGAGACCUGUUUUCACCAAUCACAUUAGCUCCUCUCCUCGCCUUUAAAUCCGCCACAGGCGAGGCGUAUUACUAUUUUCAUGAAGUAGUCAAAGAGAUCAAGAGAUGUCUGAAGACAGUUAUGCCACACGAUGGCGACAGAGGGCAGCUGCUCAACAAGUGUCCUCCACACUCUCUCAUAUGAGCACAGAUGGAUUUGGUGUGCGUAAUGUUGGACCCACUGGUAAGACAAACACCCUUUUCCACAAAUAAAGACACUCACAUAAAGUUGCAUAUAUUCAAACCUCACGUGACAAAGGUGGGUUGAGCGCGCAGAUCACAACAUAAACUCCAAAAAGGCAUUAAAAUCGGAACCAUCUGUGCGUAAAUGACGCAUCGCGCUCCGUGGCCUGGCUCUUUCUUUCAUAGAUGUUGGCAUAUAAAAUAAAUUUGGCCCACAAAACUGAAUAUUAUAAUAUCCGCAUGUCGGCUUAGAGUAGAUCACGCAUCUGAGCACUGAAACAAAUCAUCUGUUCAGCUGCAGCAGCAGCAAGACGGACAGAGGACACGGAGACGUGUCCAGGUCGAGCUGUGCGAGAAAUAAGAGGAAGAAAGAAAAGGAGGGAGACAAAUUACAUAUCUUGUUAACUUCAUCAUGUGUGUUUAUUUACUAUAUAUUUAAUUUAAUUUAAUGCAGUUUCAGCUGUAAUGAUUCGGUCAGGUUGUGUGUCCAAACGCGUGCCAAACGCGCUCAUCAGAUCAGAUAUAGAUCAGAAUAUAUCUAUAUAGAUCUAAAUGUAUGUGCUGACUCAGAUUAAUAGUUGUUGAUGAUUAUUUAUUGCACUGAAAUGUUCCUGACACUGUGGAAACCUGCCGGUGAGGCAUCAGUGACGUAUGUCGAUACGCCGCCGGUCUACCAAAAUACUACUGGACCAGCUGCGUUCCGCCUUGCGCUGAAAGCUGACCAGGUUUGAAUCGGCGAGCUUUCAGCACACGUCACACGCCAGUGGCGAGCACGAAAAUGUCACUGCGCCAGCUGAUUCUGUCAACACCUCCCCCUGCCACGCCACCACGCCCAGCUUGGCGGAUCUCGGCUCGCCUCCGUGCGACUCAGUCCACGAAAAUACCAAACUCGCCUUACGCCGGGCUCCGCCAGACGAAAAUACAACUGCGCGGGGCUCGCCGCCCUCCGCCGCCUCACCGGCGCGAACGAAAAUAGAGCCCUGAGUCCAACAUUGAAACGCUCUCAUUUUUGACAGUCUGAGUGGCACUACAGCGAUCAUAGAUGCCAUCAUGCCUGUCAGCUGUAAAAUCAUCCAGAAACGCAGUUUGCGUCCCGACAGGAAUUGUGCGUUCUAACAGAUGUGCUCAGCUUGAAACAGAGCAUAUUUCCAGCCCUAGAAAUGAUACCUGUUGACUCGGAGUCAGUGAACUUUUCUGUAAAUAUACCGAAAAGCCUAGUGUCUGGAUGUGCGAUAGGGUCAAUGACAGCUGAGCUGCUGCUCGCUCUCUGGAGCUCACAAUUAUCACCCAAUCAUCCAGAUAGGCUAAGAUACAAAUAUUUUGUCCCGUAACGAAGCCAAUGCCACCUCGACACAUUUGGUGAUUGUUCGGCGGACGAGUUAUAAGCCGAACGGCAGCACCAGGUAUUCGUAGGCUAUGCCCUCAAAUGCAUACCUUAGAAAGUGCCUGUGGUCCAGAUGAAUCGCUACGUGAAAGUAAGCAUCUGUCAGAUCGAUAGUUGUAAACCAAUCUCCCGCUCUGAUUGCGCCCAGUAGCUGUCUGAGUGUUAUCAUCCUGAACCUGUAGGUAUUUGUUUAACACUCACAAGUCAAGGAUAGGACGGAGCCCUCCUCCUUUUUUUCUUCCGCUCUCUUGUUCAACAAGUUGUUUAUUUCUUCCCUCAGAACUUCUGCUGCUUCUUCUGCUACAACUAUGUGUAUUACAGAGUGGAAGCAAGACGGCUGAGCCCUGAACUGUAAGCAGUAGCCCAUGGCAAUGGUUCUCUGUACCCACGGUGAGACUGCGCCUGUGCACCUCCGAGGGAGAUGAACAGUCAGUUGACUGACCUCCAACACUAUGGGGGAGGAGUUGUCGCCCCCUGGCGUGCCGGCUGGGAACACAUUCCCACCCAGACUUGAUUGAUUUAUGAUGUUUUGAAAACAAAACGAAACCUUUAUUUGACUCGAAGAACGCACAUUUGUAACAUUAACACGGUGAACAUCAGCUGCAGUAUUGUGUGUGAGGGAGGGUUGUGCUUGGGAGACAGUGCCAGGGGAGUGCAGCGCCUCUCGGGACAGGACCCCUGAAAAUACUUUCAACGCAGCCUCUUUGGCGGCACAAACUGAGGGGCUGCAGUGUCUCUGUGAUGCUGGGCCCCUCUGGAGUCGAUCCUGAAGCUAGGAUGACUGCUGUGUCUUCUUCCUGGGUGCUGAGCCCCUCUGGAGGCCCGGUGGCGGACCCUUGUUCCAAGCCGAGUGGCGUGGGUUCUGACCGGGUACAUGCCACUUCACCAGCUUGGGUCCUAAACUAGCAGGUGCAGCAGUCCUCUUGGGAGGAGACACAAGUGCCGGUUUGUGCAGAUAACCCUGUUGUUUGGGCCUCGCAUUAGCCUGGGGAUGAUGCUGCUCAAAACCUUGCAGUGCUUGGGGGAGCAUGAUGGGGCCAUUGACACCAUGAUUUUGGGCCGGGGCCAGAUAGGCUGCCAGGGACGCCUCCAUAGGCAGAGGGUUCACCAAACCAGCUUUGACAGCUCCAUCCAGUUCCAUGUCGAGGUUAGUUCUGCGACAAAAUCCGGAAACAUGGGCAAACUGUUCUACAAUCGUCGGUUCGGGUGGGAGAAAAAACCCUGAGAACUGCGACGUUUUUUGAGCUGGUGAAGGAGAGGGCCCUUCUACUUCCAGUUUCUCAGCUGCACGGCACUACAGUGAGAGGAAGGAUGUGUCGUCCAGAUUAACCGGCACAGCAGCAGCGGCGCGCUCACCCAAAGACAACAGCUCCUGCUCAUCCUCUGGAAAACCCUGCACGUCCAGGCCGAUGUCCAGCAUGUCAUCGUUCUCCUGGUAAGCGGCUGGCCAGCGCCCUCAGAGUGGCCUGGCUCAAAUCCAGCUGACUUGUCAGCACACUUCAUAUGGUCUGCCCAGUUUCCAACUGAGCCUUCGACCAGGAAGUCCUCACCACUAGACUCGGACGAAGCCAGCUCCCUGGACUCGGAGAGGAGGGGAUCGUGCAGCGCAAUAGCGGUCUUUCCUAAUAUUCUCUCCACAAACUUGACCCGCCUUUCCAGGGUUGAGCUCCGGAGCCGGUGGCAGGACUCACACGACUCAGGCUCAGUCAACACCCUGCUGGCGUGGACAAUCCCCAGGCAAAUGGGACAAGCUUCAUGGAGGUCUUUCUCGUGAAGGGAGAAGCUGCACCCCUGAGGACAGGGCUGAACAGAAGACUUCGCCUUCACUUUCAUGGGCUCAGCGCUCAUAACAAGACGCAGAAGCCGAGCGAAAUUAGUGCUCUGCAGGUAGCUGCAGGCUAACACCAACAGGGGCAGUUAAGCUUAAAUCGAUCAGGCAGUAGCCACAGACAAGACCAGGCUAAGCUAGCAGCAGCUACUUAGCCCGACUCGGUGUAGGUGUUCUCAGCGAGGUGAAGAGCAUAAAAACUGAAGGACGACUGUGGUGUUACACGUAUAUAUGUGCAGGCGGAGCCUCCCAGAUGUCACCACAGAUCAUUUGCCAUAAAGGCGUGAGUAAAGGUGUCUUCAGUCAGGCCACGCGAGGGCGUGAUAUCCCAUACUAUAUGUGUUGUACCAAGUGAAUCUACUGAAAGGGAACAAAGGGGGAGUGUUCCUGUGACUCUCGUUAAUAUUUCUAUCAUCUGCCUUCCAACAGACUUUGCUUAGAAUCAGAAUAUAUAUAAAGCAUUAUUUACACAACACAGAGUGCAGUGCGUAAAAAGAAAAGGGAAACAAUACAAAGAACCUCCCUCCACACAAAUACUUCCCUAUCUAUAUAUGUAGCUAAAUAAGAGCUGUCAAAAAAGUAAUAACGAUCACAGUAAUAUAAUCAUUAUUUAAAAAAUAAAAGAGUAAAGAAAACAGAGACAACACUAUCACAAGGGCUCAGUGAGGGAACAAAUUAGAAAUAUACGCACAUUAGAAAAUUGAUGACAAUGAAAAAAAAACAGUGACAGAGAAUAAAAAUGUAUUAACUGAAUAAUUUUGUUGAAAAUCUGCCAAGAUACUAAAACACCUUUCACAGUAUUACAGCUGCAUGGCUGCACGAUUAUUCUGCUUCUGCAGUACAUGAGCAGCUGUGUUUAUUUCACCUGGAGCUGACACUCAGGCACGGUGAUGUGGGGAGAUUAAGGCUCUGACUCAGCUCUACAUCUGCGUUUAAGCUUAAAAGAUCAUAUCCAACCUCUGUUUACAAAUUGAAACCAACCUUGUAGCUAUGUAAGAACUGAUCAACCUCAGCCUCCCUGUCUACAGCAACAGCGCUGACAAACCAGGUAACUGCUAGUAAUAUACAAUAUUUGAGGCCAUUUCUUUAUACCGUCCCACAACUCUUUGACAGAGGAGGAUGUUGGAGUGACAAGAUUGUCCCAUUUAUGGUGACAGAUAAUGUUAUUACAUUGUUUUCAUCCUCAAUCCAUCUGUCCAUCAUCAGGAGGCACCAGAAAACACGCCCAUAAUUUAUGCAAAGCAUCACGGUCAAGUCAAAGCAGUAGUAGUAGACCCAGAGCCAGUCAUAUCGAUGUAACCAAUCUUGCUUCUGAGUAGAGAAAGGACCGCCCACUCAAUUUACAUAUCUGCUUUUCCACUGACAAAAUGGACACAGAAAUAUAUAGAUAAAUACAUGUGGAAAUGCAGAAAUAUGUAAUAAAUAAAAGAAUACAUAAAUAAAUAGUUGUAGAAAUGCAAUAAUAUAUAUGAAAAGACUGAUGUAGAAAACCAUGAAUAAAAAAAAAAAAUUAAAUGCACAUGUAAUUGAGGAAAUGGGUAAAGAAAUAAAUAUAAAAAUACAAUGCUAAAAACUUAAAAUAAGAGCAUUUAUUAAUGUUUUUAUUCCUGCAUUUAUUUAUUUGGGUAGUUACUUAUUUAUUUAUGUAUUGAUGUAUUCACUAAUUGUUUAAUUUUUAAUUAUGUCAUUUUUGGUCCCUCAUAGUUUUGCUCAUCUGCCUGUAAACAGUGCAAAAAGAGGAGGACUUUGACUGGAAAUAGUAAAAGGUCUAUCUGAUAACUGUCUCCUUUAACUGAUCAGGAGUAAACUCAUCUUUAGCCACAGACAUACCAGAUUUAUUAUCUCUGUGAGAGAAAUUUUAAAGAUACUUCUGAUCAUAAAAAAUAUCAAACAUGUUUAUGCUCAUUCACCUCUCUGAAUUCAUAUAACUUUUGUAGUGGGAGCUCAUUUCUGUUCCAACACUGAGAGUAAACAUCUAUUAUUAGUAUCAGUCCACCUACCGGAUGGUGCUGCUGCCAUGUCUUACUUGGGGAAUUCCUCUUUAGCAGCUGGAGUGACUGAAGUCUACUCUUGAUGGGUUUGACAAAACAGAGAAACAUUAGGCCUACUGUAGUAAUCAUACCUAAACAAAGUCAAUUUAAAUUUUGAAUCAAGCAUUGGACUCUCGUGACAGCAGUGGUUCGGUCUUAUUUUUGACAUUGUGUAGAAAAGAAAAAACAGCUAUGUGGUAAGAAAAAGUCAAAUUGACCUUGAUCAAAAUCUGGUUGCAGUGGAUUUUGUAGAGCAAAAGAAAAGUAUUUUGUUUUCCCAUUAUUAGGUGUGAGGCAAACUGUGACUUAAAUGUAUAAAAUGUAGUUAUAUAAUAACAUCAACUGUAACAUAAGUUAUUAAUCUAGGACUGUCCUGAUUUUCUGUCAAGAAAAGUCCUACAGAGAAAAUUCAACUGAAAAAAGGUGAUUUUGUUGCAGGUAAUAUCAUCUUAGCUAAAGCAGUUUCAAUAAUUAUACAAAAUUAUAGAGCACGUUAAUUUUGAUCUUACUUGCUAAUGCCAACAUUAUGAAGUGUACUCCUCACUGACUGGGAAGUGUAAAAUGCUGUACUCACCAGAGAUUUUUGUAUCUAUUGAUGCACUUUGACAUUUUUGGCCGAAUUUGUAUCUUCUGUAACAACAAGCUGUAGUUCAACUGUUGUAAAACACUCUGGUCCAUCAGAUCACCAUACACCUGCAGAUCAAAUCAAAUCAAGUUUAUUAAAAAAUCAUGUUUAAAACAACAAGAGUCGACCAAAGUGCUGCACAAGAACAAGGUACAUGUAGAGAAUACAUAAUCUGGAGGUUAAUAAAUGUACCAGUGAAUAUGUGUGUCGAAUUGCAUUUAUAAUAUUUUUGAUAACUUACCAGCAGAAGUUCACCCUGAGAGCUUCGAUGUUAGGUCUGAACUCUUAAGUAUAAUUAGUGCAGGUUGGUAAUGGGUGGGGCUGAUACUUGCUCUUCCACUAAGGCUUUGAAUUCCAUUCCACCUGCGUAAAAAAAAACAAGGACACAGCAGUGCCAAGAUAUGACUCAUUAACUCCUUACAGCCCUUCAUUUUGGUUCAGAGUCCCUGGUUUAUGUGAAGACACAAAACUAUUUUGGUGACUAACCAGGGUCAGGCACAUGGUACCUGAUUAAGAGACAUAAAAGAUAGGUUUCUCUACUAGAUGUUUGCAUAGAAUAGCAAAUGAAGUUAAACUUGGUGCCAUUUAUUGGGAAAUAUUUUGGUGUAAUGUAUUUUCGUUUGAGACUAGGACUUCUCCAAAGUUAGGAGUGUAAUUGGCAAGAAGUUUCGAGUCAGGGCUCAGAAAAACUGGUAUAACAAGUCAUUUCCUGGAACAGCUGUAGACAGGUUUUCCAAGCACUUUCUGUUUUGUGUCUGAGUAUUUUCUGUCAGCCAAACAGCUGAUUCUGUUUGGGAAAGUCCUGAAAUUCCUUGAAACUCAGUUGAUGGACAAGAAUAUAUUCAAAGAAAAAGCAUCUUGCAAAUAAGGUCAUGUUAUUCCUGUUGAUGUGGAGGUAAUCAAGUUUCUGCAAAUUAUUAAUGUUAACGCUCCAGACCUGACCUGUUGGUGAAGGUUAGCCUUUGGUUUACUUCUGCCUUAGCUGUGGCUGCAUUGUCUUCGGUGUUUUUUAAAUCCUACAACACUGACUUAUAAAAGGUUUGGUUCUUAUUCUACUGAGGGGUAAUUUUAGUAUUUCUCAACCUUGUUCAUUUUUCCUCUUUCAGUUGACUUUUAUGUGGGGCUGGGUAGUAGAGCAAAACUUCAUGUCACAAUGAUUGAUCAACUUUUUACUUUCUUUUAAAGACCGUCUUUAAAGUUCUUGACCAAUACAGCCAUCAUUAUUUCUCCAUUUAAAUCAAUUCUCCAAGAAAAAAAGACCAAACGAAUGAGCAUCAAAUGAAAAGGCUAAAAUGUGAGAGACUUUCAUUUCCAGGUCUAUGGUUAGCCUAUGAUUUGUGUAAUGUAAUGUAAGGUCAGAGUAAUUUACCCCACAAUGAGAGACUUUUAUCCAGAUCAUAACAAAUAGGACCUUGUAUUUUUUCUUUGAAUGAGUUAUGAAUAUAAAUAAAAUUCUAAUCCAUAAAUGUUCAUAGAAGCCAAAAUUCAAAAAGGUAGAAGGUAAUCUAACUUACUGAAAAAAGAUAAGAAAACCACCAACAAAUCGUCAACUAAUCAAGGCUGAACUUAAAUAUCUACAUGACCAUACAGUAUGAAACCCUAACUGGCUGAAUCUGGUAAGGCUGUCUUCACUCUUUAGCCUUUGGCUUGUUUAUUGAGGCCAGUACAUGAGGUUUCAUUAUUAACACUCUGGCAUAAAAUACAACUACAGGUGCUGCCUGCUCUUUCAAUAACAUAACAUGGCGUACAUACUGCGUAAUCAUGUCACAUCUGUACGUACAGUGCAACCUUUGACAGAACAGUGAAAUAAGUAAGCAAGGGCGUCAUCUAGUGACAACAUUUAACAGGGGGGGAAAUCUUGAAUUGGAUGAAUUGAGCCUUUACUGCAUUUGUUGGUUUGUUGACAGCACAGGCGGAAAUACAACUCUUUUUCUGUGGUUGUUUAAGCGUAAUUAGACAACUCUGCACAUGUCCAAAUGCUUUUAAAAUGAAUAAAACGUGGUGCAUUUCUACGUACGUCAUGAUCGGAUAUUUGAUUUUGCACCCAUACAAACAGUGGAUUCAGAUUUUCUGAUCCCUCAAAUUUUUAAUCGGAUUAAGAAAUGUUGCCCAUGUAAACAUGGCUACUAUCAGGUUGUGUUAGUGUGUGUGUGCAUAGAACUGCAAUAGAUAGACUGUGCAGAUACUGCAGUUUCUCUGAGUUGGUGGAUCAUGGAAACUCUCUAGUUCUUCACAGUUAAAUAUCCUCCUAUCACACGUCCCUAAUACCAUGUUUAGAAAGUUUUGGACCUGCUUCAGUGAAUUGCAUUGACAAUUCUGUUGUCUGACUUUAGGGUUUGAGGGUUUAUAGCAAAUGCUUCUUUUGUAAGUUUGCAAAGGUUAAUAACAAAUUAGAUUACAAACGUGUAUGUUCCAAUACUCGAAACACAGAAAAGGUUCAAGGCACAAGAAACAACAAAUAAACAUUAACCGUUUGAACAAGUGCAGUCACCCCAAAAGAAGAGAUGUUUGCCACUACAGUUAUUUAAUCUAUCUAAACUCAGAAAUGAAUAAAGGAGGGGGUCCAGUAUUUAUCAGGGCUGGUUUUAGAUGUGCUACAUCAUGAUGGAUAGGGUUUCUAAAGUCCUAUCAGCAGGAUUUUUUCAGAUUAGCAUGUUUUUUGUUCAUGUGAAGUUUUUAAGUUAUUUGAUAUGCAGUCUAGCAGUGCUUGUUAUUUGUAAGUGGAUAGUAAAGCUGUUUUUUCUUUUAACAGGAGAAAGAUCAGAGAGCUGACGAUUGUGCUUCCAACUGAUCUACAAAGAGAAUGGUUUUGAACCCAUGUUUCAGCAGGGGUCUUUAUUUUUCAUACCUGAGAGCCUCUUGGAUGUGUUUGAUUUAUGACAUAGCCCUGCUUGAAUGUAGCAGCAUGUGUGUAUUAAACACAUACAUUUGUUUUAAAUACAUACAAGCCCCUACAUGUUUAUAGACCAUAGCUCUCUCUUUUUAUCCUGGGAGGUCAUUGGGUAUGUUUGAUUUAUGGCGCGGUCCCUCCUGGCUGUGUUUUCACAUGGGUCCAACACCAGCCAAGGCCUCCCCCAGUGUGGAAAGAAUUAAUAGAACACACACGCAUGCACAUCCACAUGUUCUCACACUCAAAAAACACACCCUUGAAAGCAGGUCUUUGGCAAGAUAAGUUGGAGUUACAGUGCUCCUCACACGUUUCUGAGAAGUGUAAGUACAGUUGGGUGAGUUUGUGUUGGUAACCAGUUUUUCUGCUCCGUCAUGCUGCUAUUGUGAUCAAACCAACUCGGUAAAAUGUUUCAACAGAGCGUGAUCACUUGCAGAAAAAGGGAAAAGGUCAAUGCCUGCAAAGGUUUCAGGAUCUUUUGCACAGAGAAAGCUGACAUCAACAUUUCUGUCUGUUGUUAUAGCCGGCAGACGCUGUCUAAGCAUGCUGUUAUAGUUGGUCUCUUGUUGCCACUGCCAUGGUUUUUCUUUUGCGAAUAGGUCACUUGGUUAAGGCUGUGCCUCCGCAAGAAGUUGACAGCUGUCAGAAAGACAUACAUGCCACAGUAUCCAGUUUUCUUUCAAAGUCCUCUAGGUUGCAAAAUCCGGUUGGGGUAAGGGUUCCAGUUAAAUAGAGAUAAAACUUUCACAUGCAAAAACACAAAAACAAGAUACUUACAGAAACCAUUGACUGUAAAAUUAAUAAGCAGCGGUUGCGAUAUUGGUGAUGCUGAAUCAACCAAACUUUUGGUCAACCUACCAGAGGCAGCCUUUAGCCUCCUCACAAAUAACUACAGUUUGUCCACCUGUCACUCAAGUCAACCAGGCCUCUGAUUGGCCAAUCCUGUAACCUCACUAAGUUCCAACAACAAAAUGCACUCCCAGCACAGUGUGCUCAAUGAGAGCCCUGGGCUAUUCAGACCUGAACUGUUUUUUGGUGCUCAAAUAGACUCUUGGGGAAACUACAGUUUAUAACACUAUAGCAUUAGCUUAACAUCUCAAGACCAAUGCCAGAUGAAAACCGGGUUACUCCAGUCCAUUGACUGUGGCAAAUUGCAGGGCUUGUAAAAUCUUUACAAAACUUCUCUACACAGUAGCAACAACUGUAUUACACAACCGGUGUGGCAUGUGUGUGGUUGUUGCUCAGUUAUGUAACUUAUAAAGAUAAAUAGAUGAAUAGAUAAAAUAAUGUUGCCAUCACCACCAUAAAUAGACAAAAAGCUGCACCUAUAUCUCAGGACUUGGACAGUAACUGGAAUAUGACUCUUUUCUCCUCUAGUUAUUCAUCCUUCUUGGAUUCUCCUUCGCUCUGCUUAUUUUCCCUUCUUCCCUUAAAAGUCAACCUGAGAAAAAUAAAGAUAUCUCAAUUGUGAUUGCAACAGAUUAUAUGUCUACAAAAAGUUUAAAUUCAUACACAAAACCAAAGAAGAACAAAUAUCCGAGUAAAAGGAAAUGUGAAUAUUAAGAAAAAGUUGGCUGAAUUCAAAGUUGUAAGUUGAAAACUGUAAUCAAGGAUUUUUAAGGUAAGAUGCCUAAAUGAUAAAACACCAUUAAGAAGCAUUUAAGCAAAUUCAAGUCAAACUUCAUUCGCUGAAUGUGACUCACAGGAGGAAACUCAAUGUGGUUUGAAUUAUCUGAACAUUAAAAAGCAGUUAUAGUUUGGAUUUGAUAUCAUUUCUGUCUGAUUUAAGUGGUUUUCUCAGAGUAAUUAGUUCUCUGGUUUGUAGGCACUUUGGCAGGAAAACAAAGGAGUCUUGUGGGAGUUGAACCCCUGACCCCUCAGUUACAGUCUGGUCUGUCUGACACCCUGGAGAAAAAGAGAGGAAAACAUGUGGGAAAAAGUGUAAAAAUCGUUUGGGCUAGGUACGAUGGUGUGGCUUUGAAUGUGGAGCUCGCUCAUGUUUUGGAAGGAUUUGUGUGUGUGUGUGUGAGAGAGAGAGAAAGAGAGUGUUUUUUUUAGUGGUGCUGUGACCCAGAAAGCGUCAGCUCUCUGGCAGUGUGUUUAAACAAAAUCACGGUUAUUAUAAAUGGCCUUAACAAAAUGAGAGACACCAGAUAAUUCCCAUAAAUCAUUGGGGUUUGGUCAGAUGUUAAAUUGAGCCGUUAUCAGAUGGGAAGUGUUUCCAAUAUGAGACCUGGACUAAGUCUGUUACACCUCAUGCUGACCCAAGUGGGUUUGUUAAACAUUUUAUUUAUGAUUUAUAAAAACAUCUGAAGUCCAAAAAAUUUUUGGUGACAGAGCAGUACUUCACCUUUACCCCCGCUCCACCUGGUAGAUUACAACCUUCAUUUUAUUGUCUCUCCUUUUUGGAUGCUUUGAGCAGUGCUGAACAUUGAACUUGAAUCUUUUAUUAUCAAAAAAUAUAGAUAUAUAUUUUUUGAGACUUAGCACUGGAAACCAUAAGCUGUAAAUUGCUACAUUAAUCUUGUAAACUGAUUGUGGUAAAAUAAAUAAAACAUGUGCAUGUCUGUGUUGUUGCAGGUCCUGUAUCUUCUACAGAGCGUGUAUGGAUAUCCCCAGAGGAACAGAGCUGCUGGUUUGGUACAACGACUCUUACACCUCCUUUUUCGGCAUCCCACUACAGUGCAUCGCGCAAGAUGAAAACUGUAAGUAAACACCAAUUGGAUCGUUUUUGAUCCAGUGCUACUUUAAUGUUUUUUUUUUUUGUUUUUGUUUUUUUGCUCCCGUAAUAAUGAUCUGUUCCACUUUGUAAAUUUCAUAAAUUUUAUCUUAGCAGUCUUUAAUAGAGGGAGGGGCAGCUAUGUUUGGUUAUUGCUUUUCUAGCAGCUCUGUUGUAUUCACCACAAAUCUACAGACUUUAAUGUGCAGAUGGGUGUAGGAGAGGUUCCAAUAAAAAGUCAGUCACAAUUAAAAGUGAUCCAUGAGUCCGAUUUAGCGGAAAUGCCUUAAUCCAAUUCGCCAUAAUUAUUUUUCUUUUAAAAAGUAACAAUAUGCUGGUAUCUCUUUGGUCAGUGUCUGAUAUAUUUUUUGACAGCACUCAAAGUAGAAACAGUGUACAGUCUAUCAAUGGGUACAUUAGUUUCCAGUGUUGUUUGUUUUUGUUUUUUUUCAUCUCCUCCUUUGUGUCUUUCCAAAGUCACUGUAGUACUGGACAGUCUGUUUUCUCCAGUUCAGGGCUGGUGUUGCAUUUUUGUGAAACCCUGAAACUCCCAGCGGUGUCCCGAAAAAUCUCAUUUUUAUCUUCUUGUCAAACUCCUCUCCCGCUCUACAUGACUUGCUCUGAUAUUGUGCCUUUUUUGCUGAGGAGCUCUUGGCGUGUAUCACUCCAUACAGGAAAUGGAUCUUUAUCUCUUAUCAGGGUAAGAUAUAGGAACGCCAGCCUGUUCUGCAGGAUUGUCCUUCAUUGUCACCGUAUCUCUGAUCUCACUUAAAGUAUCAAGUGUAAAACAGAAGAACACAAAUAAACACAGGCAGUAUUGUGAGUAUAAACAGUUGGCCCGUGUGGAACAUAAACAUGACCCUAAAGUCCGAUUGUUUGGUGAGGUCUGUGCAGAAGUUUAGUGUAUUCAGCUGGUCGAAGUUUUUCUAAUAAACAGAGACAGCACUUUCAUGUUGUUGACACACAAUCCUCAUUAAAAAACUGUGUGUGUGUGUGUGUGUGUGUGUGUGUGUGUGUGUGUGUGUGUGUGUGUGUGUACACGUAAAUGUAUCGCAAAUGCCGAUGAAGUUUUUCCUCUCUGUUCCUCACAGUCCGUUUUCUCCUCUUUCCUUCUGUCGCUCCUGGCCUUUGUCUUUUUCCUUUCUCUGCUUUAAUCCAUCCUCUCUCCUCCUCUGUCACUAAUUUAUUUUUGUUUAGAUCUGCUCCAGUUUUCUGCUCAGUCAGCCUGUUUAUAUUUUUUCCAUUCAAACUGUUUUUUCUCUGGAUUUGACAGAGUAACUCCCUGCAGGCGAAAAAACAAACUUUGACAUUUUUCUUUUUACACAAUUAUGAAGCAAAAAACAAAAGGCUACAUGAAGAGGGAGUUUUAAUCUGAGGGAUCUAAAUGAAAAUGAAUUGAAUUAGGAGCUCAUCUUUCACAGAGUCGCUGUAAAACAAGAUCGUGCUGAUUGCAAAUUAGAGACGUUUGGCCACAGAGGGGUUUGUUUUACAGCUGGAACGACUCUUUUACAUGACAUCGUUCAUCGUGACAGGCUCUGCACACACACACGCGCAUGCACACACACACACAUAUAUGCAAUCACACAACUACAUUAUGUUUACAGGGACCUGUUUUUCCAAUGCAUUCCUUCCAAAACCUCACUCUCUAACUUGAGCACAAAUGAAAUAUUGUAUUUUUUAACGACAUUAUCUAUGUGGCUGAUGUGAUGAUCCUGUUGUCUGGUACAGUUUGUAUGCCCAAAGUCAAUCAUCUCAAAUAUCAUUGGAUGGAUAUGAAACACACUCUAAGUACAUAGUGUACACUUUAUACAGGCCGGAUAACCUCAGUGACUUUCCUCAUCCUCUGACAUUUGAGCUCUAAGUCUCUGCUUAAACAUUUCAAUUACAAGUACUGACUUCAUUCCUGUCAGCUUCAGCUGUAUUAUGCAGCAGAAGAUAAAAAAGGCACUCAAAUUUAACAGAUCUAUUACCACAGUGUCUGUUGGAUUUGUGCUGCAUUUCAUUGACAUGCUCAUUUAUCUAUUUGAUGUGCAAUUAAUUUUUGUAAAUCUUAGUUUGCUUUGUGUUUUCCUGCACAUAAUGGGGCCUCAUGAUUUCAGUUUUGUGUUAAAAACACUGUAGCUCAUGCAGUUUCUGAAGUUGAAACAGAGUUCCACCUUUCUCUAGCUUUAACCUGUAAAGCAUGUUUUGAAUCGAGUUUAGAGCAUGUUUUAUCAUUAACCAGCUGGUUGAAGAUAGAGUGUCUGUUGGAGAUGCUCAGCCUCAAAUGGAACUAUUCUUACAGCUUUUUUAUUCUGUGGAUGUGCAGCACUGCCUACAUGCAUUGUGCUACUGUGAAAAAUAAGAGAUGUAGCUUGCAGACCCAUCUGCUUGUGUAUAUUUAAUGAGGCCCUGUAUAUAUAUAUAUAUAUAUAUAUAAAGGUGUGUUUAACACUAAUAUGUUGCUGUUCUUAUGUGUAGCAGAGAAGAGCAGGUAUAAGCAUUUAACAUUCUUUUUGCUGUAAGUCUCAUGUGAAACAGCUGAAGGCAUCUGAAACAGCAUCCUGUGUAUGGUUGAGGUGGGUAAAAAGGAGAGCCUUAAACUCUCCUUCUUACCCACCUCCAUCUCUCUCCUGAAUAAAUUGCACCCGCCUUCUUAGGCCCCAACUACACGAAUGCGGAUAUAUUUCAAACCGAUUAGGCCUCCCUACCACACCAAAACGGAAAAUUGGAACACUCAGCCCGGAUAAAUCUGAAUCCGAAAAAACAAGUGGAGAAAUAAAAAAAUAUCCGUAUAAGUGGAUUCGUGUGGUUGAACUUUUAUGGAUCGAUGUCGUCAAACCGCAGCUCGCGCAUGCGAAUUAAAAAGAAAAAGAACAACAAUGAUGGCGGACAGACAGGGUAUUCUUUACGUUUGUUUUGCCCUUUUGGGGCUAAUUUCAGCCUUGCAAGUGAACCUUGUUUUAUACAAUUACAUCCACCAGUCAGCUAACUCACAGAGGCGUCUGCUUUGUUAUAGCUGCCACACCGUCACAUGGACCCGACGCACUAGCGUAGCUUCUGCAAACAAUGCAUGACGCAUCACGCUGUUACGAUUCAUCGGCCAAUCAGUUAGCUUUGUUUCUGAAUUCUUUUUAAGCGGCACCAGAUAGGAUUGAGUUUGAAGGCUACGUGUGGACGCAGAUAUUUUUGAGAUACAUUUAUUUAGACGGGAGUAAAAAAGUGAAGGGUCACUGCUCAAUCUGGAGAGAAGGUGCAGGAUUAGCAGAAACUUUAAAGUAAAAAGAGAGAAACAAUCACCGCAACAAUCAAAGCAUACUUUUGGUCUGUUGCAAAAAGAGCUUUACUGAAGCAAGCUUUCGGUCUGUUAGACCUUCAUCAAGGCAGAGUCUUGUCAAGAGUCUUUGCCUUGAUGAGGGUCUAACAGACCGAAAGCUUGCUUCAGUAAAGCUCUUUAGACGGGAGUACAAAAAUAUCCUGAUAAAUCAAUAUCUAUAUACGUGUAGUCCAGGCCUUAGUAGACUAGUUACUUAUCUAUUAAUUUUACUUAUUUAUUAAUAGUGGUGCUUCAUCAUUUAUUAUAUUAUAUAUUAUAUUAUCAUCCUUUAUUUGUUCUUGUAUAUCUUUCUUAAGGAUCGAGGUUGUGCAGUAGUUUUUAUUAUUGUGUAUUGGUGCUGUCUAUCCUUCUUGCUUUUCGCUGCUACUGUAUAUCAUCGUACGAUUGGUGCUCUGUCGUUGUCAUGUGCUCGUACUGUAAUGUCGUUGUUCUGUGGUUGUUGUGUGUUACCAUGUGUUGUUCUGUAAAGCGGUCAUGUCUUGUAUAGUGAUACAGUCUACCUGCACUUUUACCCACAAUGAAUUUCCCUCUGGGACAAUAAAGUAUAUCUUAUCUUAUCUUAUUUAAGGUCAGGGCAGCUGGCAGGAUCCAGAGCAUACCUGUUGACUGAGAGUUGGUUGGUUUUAUGUAGGUGUAGGACUUAAGAGCUCCGAUGGAAAUAGUUCUCUGUUAGAACAGAAAUGUGAAGCAGUCAUUCAGUGACAGUUUGAUUUGACAUUUCAUCACCUUGCUUUCAUGGUUGUUUUGAGGUCCUGUGCUUCAGAUAAGAAAAACUCAAACUUGAUUUGCCUCUCCAUGUGGUCCUUAAAAGUACAAAUGUACAAAUGCACUACUAACACACAGGCAGAGGACAAACAAAGGGUGCAGCUUUUGUUCCACCCUGCAGUCAGAAACAUUUGUUCACAUCCAAAUGAAGUGAAAUUAGAUUACUUCUCUUUUGUGCAAACUGAAAGACAGCAGCUCUGCUCUAAAUUAAAGACAUUUCCCUCCUAAUUGCAUUUAGCUUUUCCACUGCAUCGUUAUCUGCUGAUUGGGCCCACAGAAAACGAAUGUGACGUCAAAACUCAACACAAGAGAUCACAAUAGUUAUGUGUGCCCUCAGUGGAACAGACAUUUAUAUCUACCGUGAUCCUGCCCAAGUUUUGCUGGAGUUGAGUCAGCACAUUCAGGGCAGAAAUCUCUGUGAAUGGACGGUCGGUGAAUAAAUGCACUGAGCAUUGCAGCUCAUUUGCCUCAGCUAUCUGCUCUGUCUUAAGGUCCCAUUCACAAAUCACACUGCCCUAAUUAUAAUCAAGCACAAACUCACAACUCUGAGCAGUUUUGCUCUCGUUUGGUGUGUAGUUUUGGAAAUUAGCUGAGAGCAUCUCUAUUCUCUGAUGCAUGCAGCUGAACUGUUCGCUGUCAUCCUAAUCCAGGGUAUUUCAACUCUACAUUUUAGACACUGCCUCACCAGAUCUUUUCAGCAAAGUUUGUGAUAGCUUCUGAGGUGAGUCACAUGAUGUGACUGCCAUGAGUUUAAAAACAGACAUCUGAAGCUCUGACAUUCAUCCUAUAUGCUAUUUCUGAGCCUCACUGCCUACUGAACUGAUUUCUUUUAGGGCUGCACAAUUAAUCGUUUUUAAAUCUUAAUCAGAUUAUUUGAUUAUGACCAUGUUUAAAAAGAUUAUAAUUGUCAAAUCAAUUUUCGUCUCUUUCAUGUCUCUCGCCUCUAGGCCACCGUAGGCUCCCCCUCACGGCGGGAGCGCUCCCCAGUUCCCACGCCAGUGGCAUUUGCAAAAGAAGGCAAAAAGAAGGCCACUUACUGGCUCGGCAUAUAAACUACAUUGUUUUCAGUGGUUUUGUUUUGAGAGAUGAUAGAAAAAUGUAUUUUUAAAGUGAAGUUUGGUAAAGUUGUCACCAAAUAAAAAAUUGAAAAUUGAAAAUCGAGUUUUCAGAGAAGAAAAUCUGGAUUUUAUUUUUGGCCAAAAUCAUGCAGCCCUAAAUUCUUUAACUAGACUGACUGACUUCAAUGAAAUAAGCUGACUAACAUGAAGUGACUUUAUUCAGAGUUUUACCUCACUUUAAGAGAACCAUGAGACUCGUUGGCAGAAUCAAUAGGUACAAUCGUUUGUGAUUUUAGGGUUUUAAAAAAUGCAGAACCAGGUUUGUCUUGAUCCCCAUCUCUAAUCAGGACAUCCCGAGUUCUGAUGCGACUCAAGACCAACAGGUUGCUGGUAGUCGACAUCAUUUAAUGACGUUAACAUUAUAGAUCCACAAUUUCAACACUUAUAAGAGUGCAUAACCCUAUGACCACACUGAACACACACACACACACACACACACACACACAUUAAAGUCAGCGUUUACAUUACAGCCAAACCACACACCAACACACAACAAAGAAAACACACACUGGCUGUCCACACACUAUCAAAGCACACACACACCCUGUGGUUGUUUACUCGUGGACGUUCCAUCCAAUCACAGCUUGUCCUCUUGACACUCUGCAGCCCGGCCGCCGCCUAACAACAACAGCAUGUGUACUGACAGAAAAAUAAAAUCACUUCAAGGGGACUCCUCUUUGUCUUCCUCCUUUUGUUUGCAUUCUUCUCCUCAUCCCUUUCUUCUCCCUCGCUCACUCUCUCUUCUUUCGCUCUUUCUGGGUAACACCUCCUCUAUGCUUCCUCACUUCUUGUUCAUCCAGAGGCACUUGGUAUGAGGAGAUAUUUUUAUACAGACAAUGAAAAGGAGAGUGGAAAUAAAGAGGAAAGAAUCAGGGUCAAUGAUAGGAUGGGAAGUGGAAGAGAGAAGAGAGUAGUGAGGGAUAACAAAUGAAAAGGAGGAUCAUAAGAAACAAUGACUGGAUCAAAAGUUCAGAGUCAAACAGAAGAAAAAAGAAGAAGCAGGAAUCAAAGAUGAAUGGCCUUUCAUUGAGCUCUGCGGUAAACAGUUUUUUACCUGACACAUUAUGAUCAACAUUAUCAUAAUUGCCUUUAUUGAUUUUGGACAGCUUUAUUAUUCUCGGUAACUUAUCAUUAUUGAUUACUAACACAGCUUUGGCAACAUAAUCUGAACAAUACUUCACGUCGGUAAAGAGAAAAAGACAGAGAUUCAAAAGAUGAAUUAAGGAAGACUUUGUAGCCUACCAUUUAAGAGAGCUGCAAUUUGAGAGAUUUCAAUAGUUCAUUAUCUGGUCAUUUUGACCAUUGUGUUGUUAAGUCUCUAAAUCCCCAUGUGUAAAUUACGUCUUUUCCUUAAUGGUUCUUUUUCCUAUGAAAUAUGUUGCUCUGCUCAUUUGUUUGCUCUAACAAAACACGGAUCAUCUCUUUUGGGAGCAAAACACAUGAGUAGUGGUGUCUCUUUAUGCAUCCCAACAGAAAAAGGUUGCUGAUCAAGACAACACUUUAGUGUGCUUAACAGCCCUCUCCUUCACUUCAUCAUCUAAGCUAAGAUUGGUGUGCAGCAGCAAAGUUUGGGCGAUGAGGAAGUCAAAGAUUUGAGUGACAGUUGUCCCACUGAGCAAUAGACGACUAUUUGACCUCUAGUUUUUCUUUAGACCUAAUUUUAACCGUGUAGAUUCUGCAUAUUUUUAGAUAGAAUUUAGACAUUGCAUUUUAACCCAUUAUUCAAUAACUAUUUAUUUCAAAAAGCAAAUGUGAGCUGCAUAACUGAUCUCCAAGUACUUAACCAAAACAAUUGUGAUAGCCACUGAGCAAUAUAACACUGGUGAAGAACGUUAGGACCUACAGGGAGUGCAGCUUGCUCUGUUGCACCAAGACAUGGCUAACUGUAAGCACCCCGGAUGCCAACGUGGACCUACCAGGCUUCACAACGGUCAGAGCGGACAGAGACACAAAGGCAACCGGCAAGCACAAGGGUGGAGGACUUGCCGUCCAGAUCAACAAGAGGUGGUGCAACCCCGGACAUUAUAACAGUUAAGAUCUGCAUCUGUUUUUGAUUUUCCCUCUGGGAUUAAUAAAGAAUCUAUAUCUAUAUACAGUGUAGUAUAGAUAUAGCCCAGAUUUAGACUUGGUCUAAACUUGAACUAAAUUUAGUAAUCUAGACUACAUUUAGACGUCUAUUAGACCUCUUUUAGGCCAAAAAUGCUCAGUGGGGUGUUACAGCAGAUCCAACUAGGACUGCACAAUUUUGGCCAAAAAUAAAAUCUAGAUUUUUUGCUCUGAAAGCCAAGCCAGUAAGUGGCGCUGUAAUGCUGCCAAUGCACAAAUGCACAAAAAACAGAAGAAGAGAACAGAGCAUGCGUAUAAAGGUUGUUUUCGCUGGACAUGCACAAGCACCAUAAAAGAGUUACGCUGUGUGUGACAUAAUCAUUUCCAGAGAUACAGAUAGUACGGUGGCCGAGAACCACCACUGCUGCAAAUAAAAAAAUGAUUUUUUUGUGUCAUUUGGUUGAGCCAUGUGGGGCCUAAGUCGAUAUGAAGUUGAAUUGAAGCUAACACUACACCGGCAUCCUCCAGUUCAACUUCAUAUCAGUUCAGGCUACAUGGCCUAACCAAAUGACACAUUGAAAAGCACACAAAGCGAAAUUAAACAAUAACCUUUCCACAUACUUCUUCGCUUGUCUUGCCUCAUUUUUUUCCCUCUUGUAUCCAGAGAGUUUCCUUUAAAGCAUGAUAUCAGAAAGUAUUUCAACUUAAAAACGUUAGUCCUCUGUUUUUAGUCCGGUUGUCAUGGCUUUCCUUCCCGCCACCUUUGUCCUCACUUCACAUCACAUCAAAUGGAUUGCAUCUUGUCCCUCCAUGUGGUGCUGUGCCUCAACAUUAAUACUUUCACUUUUGUAAUUUGUCAUGAAAUUCAUUUGCAAUAACAAAAAUGCCGGAUAAUAACAGCUGUAAUUAAAACAAUAUUUCAUGAGUGGUCUAAAAUUCUCAGGACAUAAAUAAAAUGGCUAAACAAAGUAUUAUGUUCAAACAUUUUCAGACAUGUGUGCAAACAUACCUCUGUCAUUGUUGUCUGUGUCUGUAAAUAGUGACUUCAGAUCCUUACAGUUUUGCUUGAAUUUUAAGAGACCUCUUUCUAAGGACACUGUGGUUUGUGUUUUUCAGGUGGCGUGUGGCUCCAUCCCACGACUCAAUUUAUUUAUCAAUUAGUUCGAUGUUUUCUGUGGAGCUGUUUGACUUUGCUCUGUAUGAUGACGAACUAAAUUUAGACAUCGUAAAACUGAGCGCCAAGGAGAAAGAAAUAUGAAGGGACAAUAAAAGAUGGUAUUGCAUGGAGGGAUUAUUGUUUGGCUCUCCUUAACAGAGGUGAAGAGAGGUCAAAUAAAGCCAUAACAGACUGAUCAACAGACGUUGACUUUUCUUCUGUGCGAAACAUACUUGUCUUUAUGGCUGAAAAAGUUGCUUUGAAACUUUCUUGUCUGCUCAGUCAUGGGGAUCAGAGUCUAUGGUCAGUUUGUAUUCAUGUCACACCCCUCUGGGAGAAAACACCCCCUUUUAUGAAGAAAGAAAUCACAGACUCGGCACCGUUGCAAACUGCAUCUGCAUAAUUCCCCCAUUUGGAUGAUGCAUUUCAUGCGCAGCACAAACCGUAUUGACUUGCAUUUUUUGUAUAUGAGAUGUUUGUAGCAAAAUGAAUUAAGAGUUGGCGAGCAGCGCGUAACGUGGGCGUCAAUAGGGCCGUCGGGCAACUUACAGAUGGUGUAAUUAUCUCCUCGUAAGGUUAUUAGAGGAUCAAUGGAGCCUGGUGGCCUGAUGACAGAGGUGAGCUGAUGAAGGAUGGAAAAUGGUUAUGAUGUCCAGACUGCAGAGGUGCAGCAUAGCAGUGAUAGAGGAGGAAUAGAAAGGGCACAUCUUCUCUGAUUAGAGUGUAUAUAGUAUGUUCUUUAAUAAUGCUUUAUAAGUUGUGGCGAUGGACCGACAUAAGAGAUGACGUUAAGUCCCAUCAAGUUUUCUUUUUUAGACAUCAGUUAAUGGUAGUCCAAGAAAACUUCCACCUGUGACUCCAUCCUCUUUUACACACCCACUACAUAUGACUGGGAUUUUGGAGCAAUAUUAUUCAAAAUCUCAACAGCUAUUUCAACCAAAAAGAAAUGGCCAACUGGCCAGUUUUCAUUUUGUUGAGGAAGAUGAUAAAUGUUGAUCAAAGACCCCUUUUCCCAUGACAAAGACAAACUGAAAACCAUUUACAACUAGAAAAGCACUCGGAGAGCGCAGACCAAGCAGCUCAUGUCCCCCCUUAUAUUGUGAUUCACACCAAAACUUUUACUGUUACGUGUCUUUUAUUAACGUUUAUUUGUGUUUAAACUGGUAUGUUCACUGUUCAGAAUGUUCCUAAAACAACAAAGCUCAUAUUAGAUACAUAAAUGAGUGAUUUAUUAUGCAAUAUUUGUAAGCGUACACUUCCUUGUAUCUUCAUAGGUUAUCUUUCAGCAUUGAAAAUUCCAAUAACACCCUUAUUUUUGUGUGUUCUGGAUCACAGUAUCCAGAAUUUUGUCUGGAUCAGGAUCAACCUUUGAAACCUCAUGAAACUCAUUGAGAUCCUUUGUGUAAUUUUUUACUAAAGACUCUGGCCAUUUUUAUUAUAGAGUUAAAUGAAAAAAAUUCCACAAUUUGCCCUAUCUCACAAUGAUAAGGAAUCCUUCAAAAAAUUCCUGGAUCCAGAAGGCGAUCCGGAUCACCACCAAAAUGUAAUGGGAUCCUCCUGGGGCUGAGACGCACCUCUGUUAAAAUUUCAGGUCAAUCCAUCUGUAACUUUGUCCAUGAAGUUGCUAACAGACAAACAAAACAACGCUACCGAAAACAUAACCUCCUUGGCGGAGGUAAAAAUUAAAACAAAUGUAAGAGAAGUUUAUCUUGACUAUAUAAUGUCACAAAAAUGUUUGAGGUGGACCAUCAAACAUUUUAAAUUCCUCAUAUCUUCCCCACUCUGUAUCUAAUCCAUCACCUAGAAUAGGAGUAAUGUAUUCCUGUUACUCUGUCAGCUGAGUUAACAAUUGCAACAAUUUUGGAACCAUAACUAUGAUCCAAACUGCUGCCACAGUGUGGGGUACUUCUUCAAUUUUGACGACACUCAAAAUCUGAUUCACUGUAUUUUAGACAUCAUAUGGAGUCACAACCAAUUAAAGACUUCAAUGCCCACAGUGACUUCUAUUUGGCAGCAUGGCUCUGUUUCAUCAAAAGACCCUGUUGUCAGAUAGGGCAGACACAAAUGAUGAAUUAAAUGAGAUUGAAAAGUCAAACAAAGCAGGGAUGAAGCCGGGAUGAACAUAGGUUGCAAAGGUCAGGAAGCAAAUCUCAAAAAAAAAAAGUUGAGAUUUUUUGAUGGGUGACAGCCUUUAGAUUGGUUGCUGUCAACAGAUUUUUAAACCAGACCCCAAAAUCCCUGUCUGCCUAAAGUAAGGCUUUUUUCAGUUCAGAAAAAAGGUGUUUGCUUUUUGUAAACUGCACUGUAACAGUAAUAAUAAAGGAGGAGUCAGGUCAGAUAAAUAAGGUCUGGGCCACAAGUGUGACUGGUGAAGCAAGACGUCAAGCACAAUGACAUGAACAUGAAAGAAGAGAUGCUAUAGAAGUGUGUCAGUUGGAUUUUGGUUGAUGCUAGCUGUCCUCACUUGACCCAUAAUGCAGCUGUGUUCUGUUCUGUGGUUCGACCUACUGACAGACCUGGACUCUGUAAUCCUUCAUUACAUUUGAAAUGACAUUAAAUGCUUUUAUAUUACUUUAACUCACUGAGGAUGGUUUUGCUUUUCAUUCAGUCAAACUGGUUUGUCGCAGACUGCUUGGCAUUUCAGAGGGCAGGAAGAUAUAUUAUUCAACUUCCUUUGUUUGACAGCAGACAAACUCAUCCUCUACUAACUGAAUCUUAGCUGAGCUGCGAUCAUGAUCCUUUUCAAAGCUAAAGCUUUACAUGUGUAUCUUUUGGCAUGUUUAAAAUUUAUUAAUUUUAUCAAAGUAAUUUCUUAAUUCCAUAUACGUAUAUAUACACCAUACUAGCUGUUAAAGCUGUUAAAAAAAUGUUGAAGAUUUAACGAAAUGUUUGAAUGCCGUCACCCUCACUAGUCCCCACCAGAAUUACUCUCUUGAUGAAGUGGCUGUUAGUAUUUCUACAAAUAUUAAUAAAUAAAUAAAAUAUCAUUCAAAUGCUGUGUUUAGGUUGUAGUGCAGCAACCCACCACCUGGCAAGCGCUGUUGCUCUGGUUAAUGGCCUCUGCUAUGAUGCUCUAAUGCUCCACCAACUGAAUGUAAACAUGCAAAAAAUGACAAAUGGCAACUAGUGCAUUGUGUCUUGUCAGUAUUUUUAAUCUUGAAAAAGGGGGGGGCUGUUAAGGGCUGGUGGUGCUAGCUCUGCUAAUGCUCAGCUCGCUUUGUAAACUGGUCUGACUGACAUUGUCAUUUGAUUUGCAGACUUAAUGAUUUGUGUUCAGACAGAGCACUUUCCUACCUUUAGACGAGCUGGUUAGUUGUUCAGAACUUCAGUUUCUGUGUUAACAACAAGGAAGUUAGUUGCUUCAGAACAUCUACGACAGUCUGAAGGAUCUGCAGGGCCCAAAUCCUUGGCCAUAGUUUAAAAUACUUAUCUACUGUCACAAAGUGGAAGUGCGUGUCAGAGUUACUGUACAACUGAGCGGAUUAACUUGACCUGUAUUUCCAUUCACUGAAUUGAAGAGCUGAAGUUUUCUCUAGGUUGGUGGAUUUGGGCUCAGUUAAGACUCUGUGGUCAGCUUUCUGUUUCCAUCAAAACGGGGAAAAUCUGAACUUCUCAUAUUCAUCAAGUACAGCACACAGAGAGGAAUUGUCUUCAACAAUGUAAUACGGUGCUCUGAAACCACACAUGAAUUGGGGUUCCACUCAAUCAUGAGUGAUUUGAUCAUGAUCUCUCUGAAGUGAAGUUGCACUGGCUGCAGAUGAGGGUCAUUUCCUGGGUUGGGACCAAUAUUGAAUUGUGGUACUAGAUAGUUAGAGUCAAGCUCUUCUUCUCUGUGUCCUCCAGCUUUGUCUCAGGGCAUCUAUGAGCUCCCCCAAAGCCAAACCAGAUACCAGAUAGAUAAAUUUGUCAGUAAGACAUGUCAUCACUUUCAAGUAGUUAUGUUGUCAAAGUCCUGUUAAAACUCCUUAUGUGUGAAUUAUUGAUGUGUUGAAAUUGUUUUUUUUUGUGUGUGUGUGUGUGUGUGUGUGUGUGUGUGUGUGUGUGUGUGUGUGUGUGUGUGUGUGUGUGUGUUAAUUUGUUUGUUUAUUUUUCUUUUUGUCUCCAGUAAACAUCCCGAACACAGUGGUGGAAGCCAUGAGCAGGCAGGAAUCAUUGCAAUCCUUCAGCAAGAAUGGCAAACCCUCGUCAUCUUCCUCCUCCUCUACCCCCUCCAUCAUACCAAUAAGGGGCUCCAUGGUCUUCCCUCACUCCCCCUGCUCCCGGACUUUCUCUCUGUUGGACAAGGUCGGCGUUGGGGUGCAGUCGGACUCCAGUUUCAGCCAGCUGGGGGCAAAGAACCAGCGAAUUCUGGCAAGCCCGACCUCCACCAGUCAGCUGAGCAGUGACUUCAGCGACUGGCACCUGUGGAAGUGUGGCCAGUGCUUCAAAACCUUCACCCAGAGGAUCUUGCUGCAGAUGCAUGUCUGUCCGCAGAAUCCAGACAGGUACGCUUUGUCCCAAGGUGUAAUUAAGUUCUGGAUUUGAUGAAUUGUGUUAAAUUCUAUUUUAGGACAAAUCCUCACAAACAAAAACUGUCACCGAGGUUUCCUCACAGUCACACAAAAGUUGACACAACACCUGAAGAUAUAGUCUUUCUGACGUUCGAUCUGUUUGUUUCCACUAGAAAUAUGUCAAAAUAAACAAAGCCAAACAAAAAUAAGUCGGAGUUUAAAAUGAACAGUUCUACUUGGUAGCCCGGGUUUUAUUAACCUCAGAAGUUAGGAGCACCAGACCCUAAAAGUCACAGUGUUGCUCCGUAUGACUAAAAGGUUUACUGGUGUAUGAAAUGAACCAGCAGAAACAAACGCUGACAGUUGUCUCAUAUAAGCAAUGUUUUUUAGCAAAGUCAUUUCUGAUCGCCUCUGAGAGCUGCACGUGUUUCUUUGGAUAGGCAGCCAAAGACACAGCAAGAAAUAUUUCAAGCAUGUUACACAUGACACAGGACUGAACUGAUGUAAAAACUGACGUAUCACUCUCUCAGGGGGAGCCAGCUAGCCAGGCGUCUAGGUUUUGAUUUAUUACUUUAGUCGUGUCAUCAUGGCAUCAUUUGUGUUUGACUGAAAAUGGGAGUUUGUGGAUAAGAGUAAAGAGAGUGUAAAAGUGUUUGAGUGUGUAUAACAUCUGCCAACUUAAUUAUAAACAGUGUGGACAGAGAAAGGAGGAAGAAGCGAUGUGAUGUGUGUGUUUGUAUUUGUGUGUAUGUGUGGGGAGAAUGGAGGAUGUAUUGGAAAUUUUUUGCUUAGCUUUAUUUUUUGCGGGGAGAGUCGGAGCAGAGUAUAAAUCAGUGCUGUGUGUCAGUGAGAAAUACCUCGCCUUACGGUGACGGGGCCAGGAAAACAGAUGCCACUUAUUCAAUAAACUAAUACUCAUAGGGAAGAAAAAUGUGGGCUGGAUAUGGAGAGGGGAGGGAGGGUCGAUGUGGAGCUGCCUGUCAAUAGGAAGGUUUUAUGGGACAGAGGAGCAGAUAAAAUUCAGCUGAACAAGCCGAACAGACCUGAGUCCUGGAGCUCCAAGGACCCUAUGUACCUCACACCCAGUGUGGGCUGGGCUCAGAUGGGACUGUAUUUUAAGGUGCAGGAGUCAGGGUCAGGUGAAGUGGGUUGACCCUGAUGUCUCUAAUCCCACCAACAUUUUUCUGAUCCCCUUUAACUAGCUUCUUUCAUUACAAUGCUGAAGUAGCCUGACUCUAAGCUUCUGUAGGGGUCAGGUGGACCAGCUGGGUGCAAAUCAAGUCAGUUGCAUCUCUUACCCCUGGACCAAACUAGGACCAACCUUUGAAUUUACGCUAAGUGCACCAAACCUAACUUAGGACACUCGUAGCUGCACCUGAUUUUAUCAUAUAUGUCCAUGAGAACGCCAGUGGAGCGGUGAGUGUCUGCUGAUAAACAAUGUUAAGUUUGUUGAAUGUGGCUUAUGAUCGCAGAGCUUUCACCACUGGCUUUAGGUUAGCACAGGGGUUGGCAACCGUAAAUUCUCAAAGAGCCAUUUGGACCCUUUAAUACAUAAAGUACAUAAAAAACUGUAGUGUGUUGCAUUUAUGACAUAAAUUAACCGCUGUCAACAGAAAGAAAAUUCUGCAGGCAAACAAAAAUAUUUUGAACAGUCUGAACUAACCCUAAAGACCUACUUAGAUGAAAAUCAUGUUAUUCUUGUUGUCUACAUGUUCGUAUAGGAGCAGAGCAGAGAGGAUGAUUGCAGAACAAGUGUUUGUGUAUUGAAUAAAAAAAACACAAUUUCACUGAGCAAUGUGAAAUAUAUAUGUGCAAAAUAAUAGCCGAUUAAGAUAUUAAAUUUACUUGCUUAAUGUGACUUUCGCUCCUGAACCUCAGAGCACGGGGUCUCCACAUCUGGGCUGUGUGACGUCACAUUCAUCUUCACACAGGUUUUGGGUUUUUGCUAGUCAACACAAAACGCAUUUUUUGAUUAAAAAAAAUUAACCACGGUUUAUUUAAUGUUUCAAGAGCAUUAUAAUCUUUGAAUUUAGAAUUACAAAAAAAUAAAUAAAUAAAUAAUAAUAAAAAACAAAAAUAAAUUUAAAUUAAAUAUUAGCUAAUUAUUUUUUAAAUCCACAGGGAGCCGCAGCAGAGGGAUGAAAGAGCUGCAUGCGGCUCCGGAGCUGCGGGUUGCCGAUCCCUGGGUUAACAUGUACCCGGGUAGUAGUGAAUAAAAGCAUUAUUAGAGUAGCUUUUAACCUAUUUUCCUUGGCUAGUGGAGAGUGACUAUGCUACAGCUUGGACAAAACAUCUGAUCUGCAAUCCAGGCCUAGUGUAAUGAAAAUAUGAACUCUUUAACUGACCAGUUGUUGAUAGUUUAUUAUCUUAAGUGAAACAGACUAGAUUCUGUAAAUGUUAAACACGUAUGGUUGCCCUGGUUAAACUUUCUCUCAUUCUCUUCUUUAUUUCUUAAUGCUUCUCUCUCUCUCUCAUUCACCCUCCCCCUCUCCCUUCAUACAUAUUUAUUGAUGUUUACUUGAUGGGAACAUUUGGAGCUGAAGACUGAUGGCUCUUUAUAUCCGCUUUAAAAAAAAAAAAAAGCCUCACACCUCCUUUCAGCUUAAUCUCUUUCAGGUUUGUUUUUUUUUUCUGCUGACUGUUUCUUUUUCUGAACUUUUUCUUCUUCUGUGUCGUUUUUUCCCCACUCUUUGUCAUUUCAACAAAAUCCAUCAUCAGAAGAGAGGUUUGUUUAUAUCAGUGAGGCCUCAGAGGUGCUUUUAGUUCAGUUUCACGCUGGUGUCAGGAUGCAGGAAACUGUUUAAGUUUUGUGACGGUGAUGAGUGAUGUAUCAGGAAUAAAAUCUGGACAGAAAUGGACUCUUGUUUCCGUUUACAGGUUUGACAUGCUACACAAGCAACACAGUGUAAACCACUGCAACGAAUGGAAUUAAUAACCACUGCGUGUAUGACUGAUGUGUUUACUAUAGCGGUGUUUAAAGGAGUCAUUAGUGCUUCUGCUCAAAACGGGCUAUUUUUGCUGAGCACUUUGAUCUCCUGUGAUCAGCAUUCAGGUCUCAUUGUGGUGGCUUAUGUUGUUUAUGAAUCAGGCAUGUAUGUGUGUAUGAGUACAAUCACACGUGUAUAUGAAAGGACAGAAAGUUUACAGCUAAUGAAAGUGGGAAUCAUCACAGAGUUGAUUCUAUAGAGGAAUUAAAUGCCCAUUUUGUCAUUUGUUUUCAACAUCUAGCAAAGCCAUGUCAGAAAUUUGGCCCCAGCAGAUGGUGCUUCAGUGUUUUCCAGUGAUACAGUCAAACAUUUAACAUUCUCCAUAACUCAUUUCAUGACCACAUUGAUCUCAUCCACCUAAUGGGGCAUGUUAAAUGUCAAACCAUAUCUUUACUGAAAUCAGAAAAAAAACGUGCACAUAAGGGAUGAGGCAAUACCCUCAAAAAGCUUUUCUUUUGGACGUGUUGAUAACAACACUUUAAAUACUUUGAACAGGAACAAAGAACUAGGUUUUCUAUGAAACCAGUUCACAUUUGGUUUGAUAGUUAGAGACAACCAGAAGGUAAUCUCCAUUUUUCUAUUUCACUGCGUUAGUUUAUUUGAAGAUCACUUCUUUCACCCUGUAUAUCACUCUACCACAGUUAAUUGAACAAAGCAUUAGCUCAGGGAGUCAAGCAUGACCCACAGUGCAUCUGCUGAUCUUAUUGAAGAAUACAUUGCUAGUUGUGGCUACCGUUCGUGGAGCUAGCACUACCAGCCUUUUGACCUCUGUACAGGUUAGCGUCCAGUCCUAUGCUGGUUACAUAUUGUAGCCACACAUUUCAGCGGCUACUUUCAAGUUUAGCUAAGCACAGCCUCUACCCAAACUUAUCCUUACUUUCUAGAUCAAAAUACAGACAAAUCUUUCGCUUUAUUAAAGUAGCAUUAUGUAGGUGAGUGAGCUUGGAUACAUCUAUUUGUUUCACUAAACCAGCAAUCCUGGUGCCAACCAGCUCACUGACUAACUAGGCUGGUGGCAUUUAAUCAUUUUAUAGUUCAACUGGAGUAUUACUCAAGGUACUUUUCAGGGGUGUAACAAUUUAUUUUAACAAUGAAUCCAUUAGUAUCAUGAUUCGUGGUUGCCAAUUCGAUUCAAGGACGAUUUUGGUUCAUUUACAAAAAUAUGAUCUGAAACAAUUGAGUAACGUUUUAGCCAAAAAUUCAACCAGUUUAACUGUGGAAUAGACACCUGGAUACUGGACAGUGCAGGUAAAAUCUCCUAGAAUCCUGUUGUUCCUUGUAAAGGAAUCAGGUAUAAAUUGAUAAUGGUUAUAAACAAAAAAGUAAACAACAAUAAUAGCAAAUGCAUUGACAUUUUAUUUAAACAAAGUGCAACCUCCACUUCAGGUUGAAUUAACAGGAGAGUAACCUUUUCUGAUCUCAAUUUUUAGUAUUUUCAUUCUUACCUAUUUGUUCAUUUUGUAUUAUCUUCUUGUCUUAGUCCAUCAGGUUUUACUCUUUCUUUUUACCAUUUUUAUCUUUUUAUCUCCAGUGUUUCUCAAAGGUAGCUCUUUCCUCACGCAAUGUGGCGGUGUCAAGCCAUGUUUCUUUCGCAAUAUAUCUUAAAUGCUCGCUUUGUGUGCGUUUGUGUGUGUGUAUGCGUUUGUUUGUGUGUGUGUGAGUUUUACUGUUCUUUUUAGCCUCUGUGAGGCACUUUGAAUUACACUCUUGUACAAAAAGUGUCAUAUAAAUAAAAUCGAAUUUGAAUUUUGAGUUUGAAUUUAAAUAUACAAUAAAUUUUUCAGUGAAAGUACAGUAAACACAACCAACAUCUCUACUACUUCUACUUCUUCUUUUCAACACAAAAACAAUACAGUAUUAAUGUUUAAAAAAAAAAAAAAAAAACUGCAGCCAACAUCUCUUGGGGUUGAAUUAACAGUAGGUUUUCCUGCUACUUCUUUUUUUCAGCAUAGAAAUAGUACAAAUACAACAUGCACUGGACCGCAAUGGUGGCUUGAUAAUUUCUCUCUCGCUGACUUCUCCUCCACCAUCCACCAUGCUUUGUUUUGUUUUCUACUGGUGCGUGGCGAAGGUGUCACAGACGGGUAGACUUAAUCAAGUAAUGCUUCACAUCUUUAUUAUUAAAAAUUAAAAAACUCACAUCUAACCAGUCUGCUGUGUUUAAAUCUAUCGGAUUAAUUCCUAGUAUCGAUACAAUCGGUUUAUUACCUUUUAAAAACAAUGUUAGAUUGAUAUAUGUCAUCUAGAAGGCCAACUUGCCGAGCACAGAUCGAUGUAGUUGGAUCACUGGAAUAUAAAUCAAUACACCAAUGUUGUAGAUGAAUCUUUACACUCCUAGUACUUUUAUAUAUAGUUAGUUACACGUGAUUGCAAAAUAUUAAAACAAAAAACUGGCUUUAUAUGGAUGCCCAAGCAUUUUAUUUUUGUUUCUAUGGGCGCCAGGUAAAAACAACUGCUACAGUCACGGGGCAUUUGCCAUACUGUGUAUAAGAUACUGUUUGUAUAACAAUAUGUGAAUCUGAUGAAGUCUACAAACUUUCCCAGAAAUACUUCAGUUAUUAUGUAUAUUUUCUGACCUUCUCACACUUUUAUACAGAGUGAUUCUUUGAUGGCAUUAAAACCAAUAAUUCACCAUAGCUUUGCCUCCUCAAAAACUGAGUUAAUUUUUGUUGAGGUGAUCUGAAAAAAGUUUGAAAAAGAAAUGGUUUUUUGGUUGUUUGAUAUUUCAGGCUUGAUAAUCCUGACAGUCAACAGCAUACAGUAUGUUCGUUGAGAAGAGCGUCACAUUUACCAUAAUGAAUAUUACUCAUUCUGGAUACUCACACACAGUGAGGACGUAUCCUGAACUGUACAUACACAUCAAGUCACUGGUUGGCUCACAGUAUUAACUUUGGUCUGUAGACAUUUGGAGGUAUGACAUCUUAGUUAAAACAGCAGCAAUAACAUCACUUUUAGUGUUUUCCAUCUUAAACUGACACUGAGAGUAUAAAAUGAGAAUGCAUCAGUACGAAUGAGACCACACAGCCUCCUUCUUCAUCUUUCAUACAACAAAAUGCCAGCUGCACAUUUAUUGUAAUUACAGUAAUGUCUUCAAAUAUUUAUUACAUAUAAAUGUUGAAAUGCAGAAUGUUGCUGAUCUAAUGUUUGAACAUGAAGUAAAAAAUCAAACGCCUCUCUGUAUGCUGAGAAAAUUUACAAGAGCACAAUUAAGUCAGAAUGUUUGCAUGUUAGGCAGAAAGAGGACAGAUUCUCUGUGUUGCUAAACAGUUGACAUUUAGGAGAUUUAUCACCCACAGUGAGGACAUAUUUGCAUAUAACACUAACACAGAUGUGUGUUGUCCCUGCUGGACACACAGAUGUGUUGAAAAAUGACUUGAUUUAUGUUUUUUUUUUUUUUUUUUCAGUGUGUAGCUGCAGGCGUAACUAAUGAUGAUCCAUCACUGUGAUGGACGGGCUUGUAGAAAUCCCUUCAGACUCUAUUUUUAUCUGUCAUGUUUCCCACAACAGUAAAAACACCGGCUGUGUGCACCUGUGUGGAUGUGAACCUGUUCUGGGAGAGGAACAUACGAUGGUGUUUUAAUAUUUUUCUGUUUCAGUUUUUGUGGCACUUUGUGGCACAGAACGACAUCAGGGUGUAUAAUGAAAAUAUUUGAUGAUAUAUGUACAUCCCUUUACAUACUCUGUGUGAAUUAGGCUGACUCAUGUUCUGUGUUAGUUGUCUUAAAUCCUCAAACUCCAUUCCAAGCUAACUUGGUGAUCUCAGCCACACACUUGUAACAUUUAUUGAAUUCAUUCACAACACUCGAUUUUGAUCUCAGCAGCCUAUGGUUGUAGAUAUCAGGAGUUUAGAGUUGCUCCGGACAAGACCUUGCUCCACUUUGUCUCAUCAGAGAUGUUUCGGGUCCAGCAGCUCCUCAGGCUGCUCUCAUGUACAGUAUGUGCCCACUACCUCUCAUUUUUUCCCCACUCAGGAUCAGGCUGAAACAGACUCUGAGAUUUUUCCCACAGUAUGAACAGGUAGAGGUGAAGUGUAUCUGACUGUUACACACAGAUUGAUUUGAUCAGGCUGUUCCCCGGCUGUCACAUGUUUAACACUGUUAAAUUGUUUUUUUGCUCAGAGACAGAUUUUAGAUCUUUUGAGGUAAAUUGUUUUUAUUUUUUGAACCAGGACUUUUGACACUGUGCAUACAGCCUAAUACAACAACUGAGAAGAGAAGUCGCAAACACUUCAUAGAUUGAUAAACAUUUAAAACACACUCUUUUAGUGAUAUCAGCAGUUUUUAUUCAUGGUAAUGUUUACUGGCCCCUAAAAUAACAAUGAAUUCCUCCUAAACUGCACAACCCAUAAUCCUCAUCCUCCUCAUAGACUGUCUUUACAAUGAUUAUCGGCUGUAAGCUUGGUUUUUGUUCAAGGCUCAUUUGAUGAGUACAACCAGUUGAUAAGAGGACAUUAUGAGAGCUUUCUGCUUUAAUAGGUUGGUCAAUACAGUCAAAGAGAGAGAAAGAAAAAAAGACGGAGAGAGACAUAAGGAGAGAGAGAGGGAGAGAGAAAAAGGAAUGAACAGAAGGACUGAUGUCGGUGGACAAAACAGAGAGAAGGGAAAAUUCUUUGUGAUUGUAUUUGUUUGUGGAUGUGUGCACAUCUCCUCAAAUACAUACAGAACAUGUGAGUGAAUGUGUGUGUGUGCGUGCGUGCGUGUGUGUGUGUGUGUGUGUGUGUGUGCGUGUGUGUGUGUGUGCUUUGAGAGUCAUUGAUUGUGUAUUGAUGAGGUGCGAGCAGUGAUUUAUAGCUGCUGGUCUCAGGGGGAUAAUGUCUUCAUACGAGGCGACAGACGAGUCGUCCUCACAGCGCAAAUAUAACUCUGUAUGGAUUAGACCGACUCCAUACGGGUCAAUCAACACACUUCACUCUGCACCGCUGCACACUGCAAACACAGGGACACACACACACAGAUACACUCGGCACUUGUCUACAGAGUCCAAAAUCAACUCACAGGCACAUAAAUGUUAGCUCAUAGUCAUUGAGUGAUUCAGUCUUAUUUGGUUUUCUGUUUAAAUUGUGUGUUGUUGUUUUUUUGACCUGCCUUUCUUACUCUUGCUGAUAAGUAGGAGGCAAAAGUCUUAACUCAUAAAUAUAACCAUGAAUAAAAAUUUUAAUUUGCUCCAGUUGUUUUGAUCCUAAUUUCCAUGCCCCCAUGGAUACAUUUACUCUCUUUGCAGAAAAAACUUUUUUGCCAUUGAAUUGCAUCAUUUAACAGGAAAAUUGGAUGUGUAAAUAGUAAAACUAAACUCUUUCUUUAGCUUCUUGGCUGACACAUUACUCUCUCACACCAGUUUUAGGCAUUAAAAAUUACAAUAUAAAUAUCAUCUGCCUCGGCAUCCAGGUGAGUUUUGGUUUAUUUAAAAAAAAAAAACCUUAAUAGGAUCUUAAGAGUCCAUCAGGACAGGUUUAUAGAAACAGUGUUUUUAUUGUAAAGGGUUGAAGAACUAGUCUGCCUGUCUUUGUUUUCUAGCGAUCUAAUUGAGUAGUGGAUCAUGGACACAGACUUUUUUGUGUAACUUUUAUUCUCAGUUUAGGACUUUUUAUAGAGGCUGUUUUGCCGUCAUCAGGCAGAGUUUUAUAACGCCUCACCUCCUUGACCUCUGACCUCUCUCUGCUACAGUAAAAACAACACGCAUGUGUCCCAAGAAACUCAGUUCCCAUGUAGCUUUAAUAACAGUCAGAGUGUGGAGAUGUUCAGGUCUCACACACACUCGGCCUCUCUCAUCAGCUCAUGUGUUAAAGGUGUGGACACAGCGACACGUUGACACCAGCUCUGCUGUUGUUGCCACAUGUUGUGUUGAAAGGUGACACAAGGUUUAUUGUCCUGAACCUCAUUUCACAGACGUGCUGAAAAUGACCAUCAUGACUGACUUUAUAGAUCUCACUCACACAGACACACAGACACACAGACACACACACACACACACACACACACACAGAGCAGAGGAUAGGUGGAUACAACACUACAGCCACUUUUAUCCUCAUCGCUGCUCCAAACCAAGUAUUGUUGGCCUCCCUGUGAACCAAAUCGUGACGUCUAUUCGUUGUUUUCCUGAGCAGGUCUUGGUGUUGACGACCGGCAUAUUGAACCGUUGGUGCUGUCAACAGAGUGUUACCCAGUCAGCUAACAGGCAGCAAGAGGGACACAGCUCAGUCAGAUGCUCUGUUUUUACUGAGUUAGCAGAAAGUAGUAUUUAAAGGAUUUCAUACUUUUCCUGUAUGGGAGGGUCAAACUAUCAUUUAAUGAGUCGACAUUUCAUUAUGUUUUUUUGUUUGUAUAAUUGUACCUGCAGGGUUCCCAUGUAUCCUUAAAAACAUCUUCAGAGUUCCCCUUUUACAUUUCAGACCAUUAUUUAACUGUUGCAGCACUCCUACAAGACAUGGACCAAGAUUUUCUAAGACGUGUAUUAAUUAUAUUAAUAUAUUUAUAUUUAUUUCCAUCUCGUCUCCGGUGACCAGAUGUGAGCCGUACACUCCUUCUGGGAUUCCAGGGUUUUUCCUUCUUCAUGAUUAAAAAGGUUUUGUGGCACUCUGAGAGUUUGAGUAAAAAUCUGUGCAGAACUCAAGUCUGAACAGGUAUCGAGAGCAGAGGCAGAGCUGGUUGGUGAUCAGUGAGUGUGGAGACACAAAGUUUUCAUGACUUUGAGACAGUCUUUUACUCACACUUUAUGAUCUGAUCUGACAGGAGCUGAGCAUUUGGAGUAUUUUGGUUUGACAGAUCUUGUUCAGGUCAUGAUAACUUAAAGGGUUUUUUUAUGUUGUGCUUUUGUUUACUCAGACCCUGUGCUGCGUGUUGAAAGGGCUGAUGUCUGCUUAAAUUCAACACAAAGCCCAUGUCUGUUAUUUAUGCAUGUGUGUGUCUGUCUGUGUGCAAAAAUUUGCAGAUUUGAUCAUUAGUGCACAAGAACAUAUUUGCAUGUGCUUGUCUUUGCAAAUAUUUCAGUUGCAUAUGCAUCUAUCUGUGUAUAGGUGUGUGUGUGUGUGUGUGUGUGUGUGUGUGUGUGUGUGUGUGUGUGUGUGUGUGUGUGUGUGUGUGUGUGUGUGUGUGUGUGUGUGUGAUGGAGGUGUUUAUGCCUCACCUCCUCCCCCUCCUUUCUGCACUGUAAUAAACAAUAACCGGGCAUUAAUCUCCCAGCCUGCUGCCUUAAUAAAUAAUAUCCACACAUUCAUCAACUUAAACUAUUCACAAUCAAUGCAGCUCUUCAUAGAAAACCCACCUAAUAAAUAGUGGUGCGGCCCACUGAGGCGUGAACUUAUAGACCAGCCGGCUGAUAAAUGAACCCACCCCCACGGCCAGACGCCUUUUAUGUGGAAAACUGCAAGUGAGAAUUUUUCGAUUUUAUAUUACACUAUUUUACUCUUAUUACUUUCCUGUGUGUGUGUGUGUGUGUGUGUGUGUGUGUGUGUGUGUGUGUGUGUGUGUGUGUGUGUGUGUGUGUGUGUGUGUGUGUUCUCUCAGGGUACAGUAGGUGUUUGUGAUUUAUUAAAGUGCUGAAGAUGUAGGUCUAUUUGUUUUAUUCUAGUUCUGGGGUGUUUACCUAUUUGUAAGCUACUGAUGUCAGAGUUUUGUCUUAUUGGUUUCAGAAUAAGAAUCGCUUCAUUUUCUGACUGCAGGCUGCACACUGUAGAGAAUCUGUCCCAUUGCAGGCUCUUAUACUAACACAGUAAUGCAAGAUAGAGUGAGCAGAGCCUCAGAGGAAUAAAACAAGCACAUAAAACACAGAGAAAGACAACCAACACCAUUUAAAUACAGUGAUGAGCUGCAUGGAAGAGUCCAGGCCUAAACUUAAACGCCAUUUAUUCGAGUCAAUUCAAAUCUGUGACUAAAACAAAGACAGAAUGAUGCUCAGGGUCUGUUUAUUUUUUAACCCAGCAAACCUGUGCAACUGAGACAUAAAGAUUAUGUUGAUUUUGCACAAGAUACACAAAAGUUCAGUGGUCCCCAAACUGCACCGGACACCGAGCAGAGUGAAUAGCAUCUUGCUGCAGCAAAGCAAAGCAAAGAUUUCACUGCUUAGUAGCUGUGUCACAGUGAUCACAAGGGAUGUGACAUUUAAACAAAACAUUGCUUUUGAACAACCUAAACAUGAAGUCAGUUUCUCAUUACAGUAGUGAGAAAGACAGCCCCUCUUAGUUCAUUUCCUCAUCUAGUGAGGGUGGAGAUGUGUACAGCUUAUACAGCUUAUCCCUGCUAAAGCAUGUGGAUGUUUUUGCACUUGAAUUUAAAUAUGCUCCAAGCGUUGGACCUUGAUUUGGAGCAGAUAGUGGGGGCAAAAGGGUGCACAGUUCUUGGCAGUAUAAGCGGCAAUGAAUUUCCCUCCUUGGUCUCUAACAACAGAAGUAGCCCUGAUUUUGUCUGGAAUGAAAACAGAGAGAAGAACUGCAAAAACUCACUGAACUUUUUCUGAGAAUUUCAGAGACUUGGCGAAAGUUUUCUUUACAAUUAACUCUGAACAUUGUUGUGUUUUUAAAUGCAUUAGAUGAAGUUCAGGGUUAAGUGCAGCGAUUAAUAUUUUCCUCUGUUAAAAUGCAAUCAAACAAAACUAUUAAUUUUGGGUUAUUGUCCAGUAUGCUUGGACAGGUAUGAUUUAUGAUUUCAAUUUUGAUGAUUUUGAUAUUCACUUAAUCAGGAAAAGUAUGAAAAAUUUUGGACAGACCAUAAAAAAUUAUAUGUACUUCAAAGUUUUCCCCCGGCUCACAAAAUGAAAUAAAAGUCAAGCUCUUGUGCUCAUUCACUCUCUGUCAAAGUGCUUUGUAAAUUUCUGUUUUUAAAAGUGCUUUACAAAUAAAACUUUAUUUUCAUUAUUAUUAUUAUUAUUAUUAUUAUUAUUAUUAUUAUUAUUAUUAUUAUUAGUAGUAGUAGUAUUAUUUCUGAAGGCUGUAAGGCUAGGCUGAACAACCUGUAAUAUAAAGCUUAGCUGCAUAAUGAUUCCAAAUGGGUAAACUAUUAAAAAAACAUAUUUGUUCUUUGUUGUGACUCUUGAGGAGAUAAAUCUACAUAGAAACAGUAAAAAAAGACAAAGAACUGGAACCAGCUUUUACUUUUAUGGUAAAGGCACUUUGCUAAUAACUAGGAAAUUAAAACAAUGCCAAACACUGCUGUGCUAAUGUUGACCUUUGCUCCUUCAGGUGUACUUCUGUUUAUGAGGAGUGAAAAUAAUACAUGGCUCUUAGGGUAAUAUUUUUUAAUAAGAUAUGACAGAUAUCUCUAAACAGGAGGAAAGCUGAGAGGAAGGGUUUGAGCAGGGGCUGCGAUCAGACUGUGAGUGUAGAGUAAGUUUAAACCAACUAAGAUAACAACAGCAUAGACUGUGUGUAUGUUUGUGUCUGAGUGAGUGUGUAUGUAUGUAUGUGUGUUUGGUCUCAAUAAAUAGAGAGUGUAAGAUUAGAUCCACAGCUGUAUGGAAGCAGGACACUCUAUUAGCAGACACACAACUAUUGUUUGGCUGUUUGUUUCAGUCUGAUUCUCUCUCUCACACACAAACACAAAUCUAUCUUUAUCUUCCGUUCUAGCUCUCUUACUGUCUCUAUCUCACUCUCCCUAACACACACAAAAAUACAUACAUCCACAUGUGUACACACACACACACACACACACACACAAUGAUAGAUGGUCCAGUCAUGAACUCAGCCUGCAUUGGUGAUGAGGGUCAUGCUACCAUGGUUACCACAGCAGUGUAUGCCUCCCCCGCCGCACGUGUGUGUGUGUGUGUGUGUGUGUGUGUGUGUGUGUGUGUAUUUUGGUAAACCUUACCGAUACUUAGCUCAUCACCUCACCCCUCUCUAGUUUACACUUCUUGGUCUUAAGGUCUUAUUGCCACUGUUGACACUUCAAGACCACACUGUACCUUUUUUUUUUUCUUUUCUUUGGGGGGGGGGGGGGAAGAACCAGCAACCUACUUACUGUGAUCCAACAGCUCCAGCCACCAUAGAUAAAUGUUGAACCAUUUUGACUUCUCUUUACCUUUCAGACCGUACCAGUGUGGCCACUGCUCCCAGUCUUUCUCUCAGCCCUCAGACCUAAGGAACCACGUGGUGACGCACUCCAGCGACCGACCCUUCAAAUGUGGAUACUGCGGCCGUGCCUUCGCUGGAGCCACGACGCUCAACAACCACAUCCGCACGCACACCGGAGAGAAGCCGUUCAAGUAAGUAACAGUGAGUACCCCCCAACCCAUCAAGCCCACCCAGACUCCUGCUCCCACCUCCACCUGCUGCAGUUUCUCUUCUAUAUACCACCCCACUAACACCUCUUAAUAUCCUCCUGCUGCCUUCCUCUUAACUACUGGCCUAUACCUGAGCUGUCACAUCCUGGCUGUUUCUAAAAGUACAGCUCUAAAAGAUCUAAAUUCUUACAUUUACAACCACUGCACACUCUUAGACACUACAGCUCGGUGUCUAACCCCUUUAAUGAGUUUGAGAUGAUAUUAACAUGUUGUAUCAGACUGACUUGCCACUAUUUUUCUCUAGGUUUUCAUAGUAUAGUAGAUAGUAGAUGAGAUGAGAUUCCAGACAAACCAAUCUCCCUUUGGGGAUCCAUAAAGGUUUUGUAUUGUACUGUAGAUCUUUACAUUUUUCUUCCUCUAAUGAUUUAAAGAGAUGGAAGCAGUGGAAAUUUGGUUUACAUCUGCUGUACUCACACUUAAAACUCAGUGAUUCAUUGAUUUUUUCAAAGGGUCAAAGCCAACAUGGAUUUCAGAUUUACUCCACCUGAAAUACUCCUAAUAAUCAAUAAGAAUUGGCGUUCACUGUUGGUUUAAAUGGGUGAUGCGGCUCACACAAAAAAGACAGCAGAAGCUUCGUGAUGUCUGGAGUUAUUUUGAAAGAACUAAUUCCCAAAAGUGUGAAAGUGAGGAACAUUUCUCUUCUUAAAUGACACACUAUCUUCACUUAAACUUCAUUUAUAUUUUCAAAAAAAUAAACUCUCAAGGUCGUUCACACACCAGCGAUUUAGCAGAGCUUUUUUUAACAAACCUCAUAAAGUCAAUGCAAGUUUCCACACCGGCUACAAACUUUCGCAGAGUGAAAAAGCAACUGUAAACAUUCGCAGGCGAACUGCAAUAUAAAUCUAUAGCCAGAUUUAAAUCUUACCUCAGACAUGUGGCAAGCCGUUGUUCUGGAUCAGUCGUCUCCUUCUGCAAACGUGGAGUCAGCUGAUGGAGCAGUUCUUGAAAUUGUCAGAGGGACAUUCCGAAGUAUUAUCUGAAUUUCUUGGGAUACAAUUUAAGCCUCUGGAUCACUGUGUGGAACUCCUCCCUCUUCUGUCACAUGGUCACUAUUGGAUGUACCCAGACACUCUGAUUCUUCUUUUUCUUUUUGUUAUUUAAUAGGCUUACAAUCUUAACCAGGUCAUCAUCACUUAAGGGUGUAGUCACCAUUGUUUCUCCUUUUUUCUCUCUCCCCCUCUGUUCUCCUGUGGCAUAUUUUUAUGCGAUUAUGUAAAUUUUAUAUGCGUUGCACCAGGUGUGUAUAGGGAAAGGCGUAAGCCCAAUAUUUUUCAUCUUUUUCGCAUUGCUUCGCUAAUUCGUCAGUGUGUAAUGACCAUUGGUUAAUAAAGAUGGAAAUGUUUGGAGACAUAGGAUUGACAGAUUGUUUUGUAGUUAGUCCAGUGGUAAAAAAAAAGAAAAAAAAAACCUUUUGGUGAAAAGUUUUAGUGAAGUGAAUCUGUGAAGUAAGGUUUUUUUGGUGGCAGUGCCAACGACUGUCUAAAAAUCAAAAUGUUAAUACAAGCCCAUGCACACGCUCAUGUUCUUUUCUUUGUCCAUCACUUUCUUCCUCAGAGAGAGUUUCUCAGGGUGUCACUGAUAUCUUGCUUACAGUUAAAUAGUCUGAUAGUCUGAAAAUUCUCAGUUACAUUUUAAUAAUCAAGGGAUAAAAUCAAAGAAAAAUCCCUGUUAUUCCCUUAAAUAUAGAAUAUAUGAAUCUCUUUCAUCCUCUAAGGGGGCGUGGUAGAAAAAGUUAAGGAAUCAGUGUUUUUAGAUCACAGAGGUUUCCUUUAAAAAAACAAAAAUAAUAUCAUAAGACACCCGUCCAUAGAGAAUAAACCAUGAUACAAAAAAGAGAAGUAAAAGAAAAAGAAAAGAAAAAUCUUAUUUUUAAUAAUUCGGCUGAAACUCUAAAUCAACAUAUGAGAAUUGUGUGGUGAAUUAAUUUCAUGAGUGUAAAACAUACGAGGGUGGGGAACUUCUGAAAACCAGAGAAAGAAAAUUAAACUCUGCGUAUCUGGACUGUUCUGUCUUUGUUACAGCUCUUUUCCAUUAUUCACUGUCUCUCUGUGAACUUUUGAAUCUUCCCUCUCCUCUGCUGUCUGGGCAGCUAUGACCUCUGACCCUUGAUUUCCAAACCAAUCAUUCGCCAUGAUUUUUUUGCCAUCAAAGAAAAUCUACGUAGACCAUGUGUAAAAGCAGAAGCAGUAUUCAGAUCAGAGAUCAGACUACUUUACCAAGUGACUGAUGAAAUGAGAAGAAAAGCGACGCCGCAGUAAGAGCUCUGUGAUGCUGAUAUGUUGCCAUGCUGUCGUCCUGUCAGCAUGAGAGGACAAUAAAGAGUGGACUCCCCGGUGGACCCAGAGGUCCACAUUCAGAGGGACAGAGGGGAAAGAGUAAGAGGUAUUAAAGAAAGUGAAAAAGCAAAAUAAGCAUUUUGAGUUGUGGGGAAUCUAGAGGACUCGUACCGAGGGAAAACCGCGGGAAACAAAUUAAUGCUCUUAAUAAGCAAUCAGAGAAAUCCAAAGUUGUCAUUGACGUGAGGAGCGAAAGGGCAAGAAGAACAAGUGAGAAAAUGAGAAUGAAAGAGCGUGGAGGAACAAGAGAUCAUGGUGUAAAAAGUGAAACGACAAGCACCAGAGAGAAAUCCGCUUAAAGCAAAUCAGCGUUCUUAAUAAGCAAUCGGAGGAAACCCCGAACCUUUUCAUCAGCACUUCAGAGUCUCGGUGGAGGCAGAGCGGGACAAAGACAAUCAUGGAUGGGCGUCAGAAAUCUUUAGCAGAUCGAUGGCUCAGGGAGUUAUCUCCUUUUGGACGGCGCAGCGAAUAGAUUAAAGCUGCCACUGUCACUUUGUCAGGAGGAAAACGCUCAACUUUAUUUUCCCGCUGAGGAGACAGAGGCGCUGAUUCUGUGUGGUCGGCAGCUUUUCAGCUCCGAUACUCGCUGGACUGUGGAGCCUGUCAAAGUGCUGCUUUUCAACGCUGCUUUGUUGUUCCUCAGUUUUCUAAUCAGCAUCACAAAAUAAAGCAACAUCACAAUUUCAACUCUGCACCGAGGACUGAAGGAAGACAAAUAAGAACGCUUGUGAUUAGAUUGAAGACUGUCAAAGUGAUGUUUUUGACUUCAUUUUAUGAUCAUUUUUCGUAGAUCAGAGCAUUUUUCUGAUCUGCUUGGCUGAUCUGGAGUUGCUGCAGCAGUAAAUCUUAAUACUGUUCAAGGAGAAUUGUUUUACUCGUCUUUCUGAUGCUCAGUGAUCUGAUCAGUCCUGUCAAUCUGUGUCUGAACACGAUCUGUACUUGUUCCCUCCUUGUCCUGUCCCCUUUUUACUGAAGAGAUUAAGAUAAGAGGAGAUCUGAGACUUGACUCAUCCUUGAGGCAAAGUGAUUAAAGUCACCUCUGUCCUCUUGUCAGGACUGAGUGCUCACCGUUGUUUCCUCUACUGAGAAAAGAAGACCUGUUUUCUGCUCUGCUCUUUGUUCUGCUGGAGGACCGUCCUCGUGUCUGUCCUGCUGGAUAAGUCGCUGUGACAGAGAGGCUUCAGAUGAUCUUUGAUGUCUCUGUUGUGGUUUUGUAGAUUUACAGAAGAAUUAAAGCAGGAACCUCCAGCUCCAGGGCAGAGCAGUCCAGUGCAGUAAAGAGAGUCUGCUCUGUUUUCUCUGUCCUGAGGGAGAAAACAUACAAAACAAGACAGGGAAAAAAAAAGAAGAAGCCAAUAAAUCUAGAAUAUGUGGUUUCUCUUCUUCUGAAUGUAGAGAGGAAAAAACUAAAGUAAUGGCAGAAAAUGAGUUCAAUAUCUUUAGUGGUUAUCCAUUAUUUCUACAAUUUUUCUCUAAUAAUGAACAUGUCUGAAAGUCAGUUUAGACAUCUCGUAUCAUCAAAAUAUUGUUUCAGUGACUGAUGAACUGCAGGAGACUUUUUUUUUUUAAGGAAAAUCUGUUUUUUAGUGGGAUUGGAUAUCCUUGGUGCCAAACGUUUUUAUUAUUGGUUCAAAGUUGGAAGUUGUUUUUUUUUUUUUUAUGUAGUUUCUUGAGCAGUGUUUAAAUGUCCAUACCUUGACUUGGUCCUAGUUAAGUGGAAUGUGAGGUGUGCAACACAGGACUCCAGUCUAAAAAAAACUCCAAAGGCAGCCAUCCCAUGAAAAUACUGACUUUUACAUAUCUGUACCAUUUGUUUGUAGACAGGAAAGCUUGUUCAUUUCUUACAUUCCUUCUUCAUCUAUCAAGUUUUUUUUUUUUUUUUUUUUAACACCCAACUUCUUAGCAUCCCUGUUAAUGUCUGCCUUAAAGUCCGGCAUGUGAAGACCAGAGACAGAAACACUUAGGCCAGUUUCAGUCCAAGUGAGCGUGUACAAGGAAGAGAGAACUGAUUCCCAACUGUGUUAUGUUGGUUUGUUAGUGUGACUAUGAGGAGUUUGAAUAAGUGCUAUUCCAGUCCAACAUGUCAUUUACAUGUGUUUUUAAGUCCAGUUUCUUUCUAACUUGGAAAAUAAACAGAUUUUUUUUAACAACAUGUAAACAUACACACUGAAAAAGUGAAAAAAUAUGUGGACCUUGAGUCAUGGAUACACGCACGUCCUAAACUAUUGGUUUAAAACAUUUCUCACACUUGGAAAAUGCUGCUCUUGGUGAUCUGUGUCCAUAAAGGUUCUGAGAUCAAUCCUUUAUACUAAUGGCAACAGUCACACAACAGUCACACAACAGCCAAAUUUGUCAUGUAUCUGGUGUCUGGUUUAACCAGAACAGCAGACAGGCAGUUUCUCCAACAACGGUAGACAUAACUAAGAGAGCUGCAUUGUUUGAAUUAUGAGUAUUAUGUGACAUACAUUAUCUGUGAUGAAAAAUACCAGUCCUUCUAUACCAUGGAAGAUCUGAUUUGGUUGACAGUGAAGCAGCACAGAUCAAAAGGAUGAUGUCUGUGAAAAUGACUUUAAACAACUUGUACAAAUAAAACCAAUACGUCAUAAACAUAUCCAUAAAAAAACUGGAGUUUAGGAGCUUUUCAAUGAUGGAUGUUAAGUCCAGACUGAGACGAGUUUUAAUACAAAAAAUGUCUCCCUCCUUAUCUGACUAACACCCUCCCUCUCCACCCCAGCCCCCCGCCUCCCCCUCCUCCUAUCUAUCUAGCAGCAUGUUAGUCUUGUUUCAGGGCUGUUAAGUCCAAUACCUCAACACAGCUUUCUCUUUGAAGACCCCCCCCCACACACACACACACACACACACACACUCAACUGCCCCCUGCCCCCCCCCGACUCAGACUAAAAGCUCCCUCUCUCCUCUCUGUCUAUUGAAAGUGACAGUGAUGCUGCUUUAUCAGACCUGUCCAAGUGUGUGUGUGUGUGUUUAAGUGUGUGUGUGAGAUGGGAAUCCCCUCCCCAGCCUGCUAGAUAGAUUAUUGACAGGUGAACCGUGAGUGUGUGUGUAAUUUGUCGGUCAGGUUGUGAAGAUCAGGGCAACAAUUACAGCUUGCUGCUCCGCUGGGCCUCACACACACUUUAUACUGUCACUGGAUAUUAGAGUUAACAGCGUGUGUGUGUGUGUGUGUGUGUGUGUGUGUGUGUGUGUGUGUGUGUGUGUGUGUGUGUGUGUGUGUGUGUGUGUGCAUGCGUGCAUGCACAUGUCUGUUGACAGAUCCAAAGGUUGUAUCUGUUGUGUUUUUUUUCUGCUCUGCUCUCCAUGUAAGCUCUUAUCCCUGAGAAGACCUCAUCUUUCUUUUUUCUGUCUUUCUCUCUUUGUGUGUGCGUGCAUCUCUGCAUGUGUCUCAGGUGUGAGCGUUGUGACCGCAGCUUCACACAGGCCACUCAGCUCAGCCGCCAUCAGCGACUUCCCAACGAGUGUAAACCUGUGAGCGAGAGCAGCGAGUCCAUCGAGGUGGACUAACCCCCCGACACCUGACUGACUGAGACUGAGUCCACACCAGGCAGCUAAAACUGAAAACACAACAUAGUCUCCACUCUGGAGCAUCAUCCCCUUUACUCAGUCCCUGUGGGCAGAGAUGGAACAGUGAAAAACCAGCACAAACAAUGAGGCAGAUGAAUAAAGAAUAGAAGCUAGCUUCCUUUUUGAAAGAAUAGAUGGUGUGUUCUGAUUUCAUCGUUUACACAUGUGGUUGUCUUGCU